CUGCCCCCUCCCCUCACUGUGUGACUGUGUCUCUGGCGGUGUCAAUGGCUCCUCCUGCCGCGGACAGACGGGGCUCACGGGAGGGGAUCGGAUCGGGGCUGCUGUGAGAGAACGACAGCCGAGCGCCAGCAGGUACCGGCCGCAGGGAGGGGGGGAGACCGGAAACCGACCGACCAAACAGCCACCAGCACCACUGCAGGGCGCCUCCCCCGCACGGCAGACACAGGGCGAGCCCAGCAGCCAGGAGCCCGGUGUGCGGCCCUCAGUCAGCAAAUGAACUCGGUCAGAGCAGCCAACAGGAGACCCAGGCGAGUGUCCAGGCCGCGCCCGGUGCAGCCGGAGAGAAACAACGCCGGGGAGCGGGGUAAGCAGGGGGGAGCGGGGGGUAAGAAAGGGGGGGAGCGGGGGAAGCAGGGGGGGUAUAAAGGGGAGGGGGGGUAAGAAAAGGGGGGUAUAAUGGGGGGAUCGGGGGGUAAGCGGGGAGGGGGGAUGGGGAGUGGGGUAACCCGUGGUGGGGGGUAACAGGGGGAGGGGGGGAUUUAUUCCCAGGCCGCACGGCUCGGGGCCGACUCCUCCAGCAUCCUCGGGGGGCGCUGCCAGGAAAGUGCGCUGCUCGGGCUCAGCUCGGGCCUCAGGCCGCGCUUUGUCUGCACUGACUGCGGCCCAGCUGGUCAUUACUGGGAACUGCCCUGUGUGGGACCGGGCUGGGCCUUACUGCCACCAUAACCACAACACACGGCCACCAUAACCACCACCACAACACAGCCACCAUAAUAACAACAACACAGCCACCAUAACAACAACACACGGCCACCAUAACCACCACCACAACACAGCCACCAUAACAACAACACACGGCCACCAUAACAAAAUGUAAGCAUUGUAUGGGGCCUUAUUAACACCAUAACAACAACAACACAGCCACCAUAACAGAAUGUAUGCAUUGUAUGGAGCCUUAUUAACACCAUAACAACAACAACAACACACAGCCACCAUAACAGAAUGUAUGCAUUCUAUGGGGCCUUAUUAACACCAUAACAACAACACACAGCUACAAGAACAGAAUGUAUGGGACCGGACUGUGGCCUUACUGACACCAUAACCACAACACACGGCCGCCAUAACCACCACCACAACACAGCCACCAUAACAACAACACACGGCCACCAUAACAAAAUGUAUGCAUUGUAUGGGGACUUAUUAACACCAUAAGAACAACAACACAGCCACCAUAACAGAAUGUAUGCAUUGUAUGGGGCCUUAUUGACACCAUAACAACAACACACAGCUACAAUAACAGAAUGUAUGGGACCGGACUGUGGCCUUACUGACACCACAACAACAACACACAGCCACAAUAUCCGAAUGUAUGGGACCGGACUGGGGCCUUACUGACACCAUAACAACAACACACAGCCACUAUAACAGAAUGUAUUGGACGUUAUUAACACCAUAACAACAACACAGCCACCAUAACAGAAUGUAUGCAUUGUAUGGGGCUUUAUUAACACCACAACAGCAACAACACAGCCACCAUAACAGAAUGUAUGGGACCUUAAUAACACCAUAACAACAACACAGACACCAUAAUAGAAUGUAUGUUACCUUAAAAACACCAUAACAACAACACAGACACCAUAAUAGAAUGUAUGUUACCUUAAAAACACCAUAACAACAACACAGACACCAUAAUAGAAUGUAUGUUACCUUAAUAACACCAUAACAACAACACAGACACCAUAAUAGAAUGUAUGUUACCUUAAUAACACCAUAACAACAACACAGCCACCAUAACAGAAUGUAUGUUACCUUAAUAACACCAUAACAACAACACAGCCACCAUAACAGAAUGUAUGCAUUGUAUGGUGCCUUAUUAACACCAUAACAACAACAACACAGCUACAAGAACAGAAUGUAUGGGACCGGACUGGGGCCUUACUGACACCAUAACAUAAUGUAUUGGACGUUAACACCAUAACAACAACACAGCCACCAUAACAGAAUGUAUGAAUUGUAUGCGGCUUUAUUAACACCAUAACAACAACAACACAGCCACCAUAACAGCAUGCAUGGGACCUUAAAAACACCAUAACAACAACACAGACACCAUAAUAGAAUGUAUGUUACCUUAAUAAUACCAUAACAACAACACGGCCACCAUAACAGAAUGUAUGCACUGUAUGGGACCUUAAUAAUCCCAUAACAACAACACAGCCACCAUAACAUAAUGUAUGGGACCUUAAUAACACCAUAACAACCACACUGCCAUCCCAACAGAGUGUAUGUACUGCAUGGGACCUUAUAAACACCAUAACAACACACAGCACCCUUAACAGAAUGUAUGCACUGCAUGGGACCUUAUGAACACUAUAACAACAACACACAGCAUCCCUAACAGAAUGUAUACACUGUAUGGUACCACACUGGGGCCUUACUAACACUAUAACAAAACACAACACCCCUUACAGCCUGUAUACACUGUAUGGGACCAGGCUGGGGUUUAUUCAUAGUAUAAGAACACACCGCACCCAUAAAUGUCUAUAUACAUAUUAUGGGACUGGACUUGGCCCUGUUCACACUACAUCCACAAACAGUACCCCGAACAGCCUUGAAUGCAUUGUAUGGGCAGGACUUAAAAUUUCAAUGGCAUUUUCACUUGUCAAUGAAUAGUGACAUGUGAAAAUAUUGUGCCCUGGCAUGGUAUUUGCCUGGGACCUUAUUCAAAAUCUAACUACAUCUGGUUGAAAUGUGACCGGGUCGGGGUAGUAUUUAAACUAUAACGUCAACACACAGCAUCCCCAACAGCCUGUAUGUAUACACUGUUCGGUACCAGGCUGGGGCCCUAUUUAUAUUGUAACAUACACAAUGCCCCUAACAGAUUGCAUGGGACACGAUCUACCCCAUAUCAACACAUUGUAUGGAACAAAUCUGGGUCUUUAGCCACACUGUUAUAAGUCAGCAAACUAUAGCUGGAAUAUUUUGUAAAGAAAUAUUAUGGGGCAAUAUGCACAACAGAACCUUUACAAUUGUUUUACACUCUGUGGGAAGGAGCUGAGACCCUGUUGAUAUCAUUAAAAUACAGAACCCCUGACAGGGAAACGGUCUAUAUUCAUUGAAUAGGACUGAGCAGCAUCAAUAUUCAUAACACAGCAAAUCCUAACUGGAAAUCAUUAUGUAUACACGGUUUGUGACCAACCCAGAGCACUAAUCGAUAACGCACAAACGCUGACACAAAUUGGACUGUACUAUAGGGAACUCGUGUGUGUGUGUGUGUAAGUGUAAGUAUGUGUAAAAAAAAAAAAAAAAAAUUAAAACACACCUCUCUUAAAAGUAUCUACUAGCCAGGCCUUAAAAGUUACUCCAGGGUUGGACUUCCAUUUGCUAGUGGUAAGUGAAAAUUGUGAUGUUUAAAAUAUGAGGCAGAAAAGUGGUUCUUUGUUGAAUUCAUUUGCAUAUGCCCACCCAGAAUCCCUUGCAGUAGUAACAGCACUGCAAAAUGUGAUAUUUCUGUGGGAAAAGCAAUUUCUGUGCCUUGUCUGGUGUGUGCAGAUCUGUGUUUUAACAAUGUAUGGACUAUCCACCUUCUUGGUUUUUGCAUUAAAAAAAAAAAAAAAAGUUUUUUUUUUUUUGUUUUGUUUUUUAUGUAUGUGUUCUAUUGAUACAUUUAAAUCUGUAAACAAUAACUGUAAAACAUUACACAUGCACUGUAUAAGACCCACCAGGUUCAGUUCACACGAUAAUAAUCACUUAAAAAAAAAAAACAGUCUCUUUGCAUUGUAUGGGACCGAGCUGUGCUUUAUUCACAUACCAUUAGCUUGUAGAGAAGAAAAGGUACACAGAUUUCCAUCCACAAACCGUUUUUACGGUGACUCAGAAUAAAAGUUCCUGUGGAAUAUCUGUUUCUCUGAUUCUUCUGUACAAGCUAUUGUAUGGAGUCCGGUCAUCCCAGACCAUUUGACACCUUGUCUGUCCCUUAAGUACAUGUGUGCCUUUACCACACAGCAAACCAUGACUGGAAAACCAUCUGAAUAUACCAAAUGAGACCUAUAUCAGCACAAAACAGAGCAUAUCCACGCUAUGUCAAAUCUUACAGAACCCAUACUAGGGAUACAUUUUCUAUACACUGUAUAGCGCUGAGCUGUGGCUCUAUUCAAGUCAUCAGUAACCCAUGACAAACCAUAACUGGGAAACGGCCUGUAUACACUGAAUAGGACUAAGGUUAGUAUCACUAUAUCAACAAUACACAGCAACACAUAACAGGGAAACCAUCUGUAAACACUGACUUGAAAUUAGCAGGGGUUAUGAACUUGUUGUAUCAACAAAGUGCAAUCCAUAAUAGGAUAUCUCAUAUGGUACAUACUGUACAGCUGCUGAAAUGUGGGGAUACUCAUACCACACAGCGAUAACUUUCUGUAGUGAUAUGUAAUGAUUGAGUAGGACUAUAACGAAUGAUAACCACAUAUUUAACAUAGCAGACUGGCCCAAACAUGAUUACAACCAUAUAAAACAGAUUCACAGUAUACAUACACAGCAGAACUUGGUGGGGUCGACCUAAGACACCUUGAGCAUACUGUAGACUUACUAAGCAGUGGUAAAUGCAGCAUCCCAAUCAGGGCAAGUUGUUGAACACUCCGUUUUGGUUACAUAUCACUCACAGCUCCUUAAUGUACAUCAGAUGACUAGAGUAUGCAUUAUACUCAGAGAAAGGACAGUAGAGUUGCAAACAACCUAAGAAUGACUAAGUCUAGAUGUUACUUUAGCACAAUCAACUCUACAGUUGCAGUGAAAUAUUACAUUGUAAAGAAGCACUCUGGGUGGUACCACAGCAACCUCACCUAAAUAAAGUUGUUGGGAAGGGGUCAGUGAUCCAGAUUUUGAGAGCGUAUGGUCUUGUGAUGUAUUUUAUAAACCUAUGUACUGAUUAGGAGUCUCUGUUAUAUCUUUAUUUAAGCUCACUAAACUGUACUUCGCCGUUUUUAACACACACAAAUUUUGAUCCUUAUUUGUGGAAUUGAUCUACAGCCAUACAUUUACUCUGAGUAAAAAGGGGCCAAUUAUAAGGUUGCACAUUUGUUACUUAGUGAAUAACAUUAAGAAACCUGUAUACAGAUCAACCGUUAUGGGUUGUCUGUUCAUUCCCAUGAUAAUAGCAACGGGGGAAGGGGAGGUUUAACUCCGCUUUGUGUGAAGUGUACACUAACUAGUGUAUAGCAACCAGAGAGCAAUGAAGAAGAGAUGAUUACCUGGUUGAUAAUUAUGUUUACAUUUUCUUUAACUCCUUGAGUGCCAGUGCGAUGAACAAGAUAUUGUCAAACAUAGGUUAAUCAGCGACUUUUGCAUAAUUAACCACAAUUGUGUGGUUAAAGGAACACUAUAGUCACCUAAAUUACUUUAGCUAAAUAAAGCAGUUGUAGUGUAUAGAUCAUUCCCCUGCAAUUUCACUGCUCAAUUCACUGUCAUUUAGGAGUUAAAUCACUUUGUUUCUGUUUAUGCAGCCCUAGCCACACCUCCCCUGGCUAUGAUUGACAGAGCCUGCAUGAAACAAAAACUGGUUUCACUUUCAAACAGAUGUAAUUUACCUUAAAUAAUUGUAUCUGACUCUCUAAAUUGAACUUUAAUCACAUACAGGAGGCUCUUGCAGGGUCUAGCAAGCUAUUAACAUAGGGGGUAAGAAAAUCUUAAUUAAACAGAACUUGCAAUAAAGAAAGCCUAAAUAGGGCUCUCUUUACAGGAAGUGUUUAUGGAAGGCUGUGCAAGUGACAUGCAGGGAGGUGUGACUAGGGUUCAUAAACAAAGGGAUUUAACUCCUAAAUGGCAGAGGAUUGAUCAGUGAGGCUGCAGGGGCAUGUUCUAUACACCAAAACUGCUUCAUUAAGCUAAAGUUGUUCAGAUGAUUAUAUUGUUAUUGGCAUAUCUUUCUAGAACCAGGAUUGAAGUUGGCAAAUGUUUUGGGUUAUUCAUUAAAACCUAUUUGUGUUUAUCAAGAAUUUGAUGGUGACCUCAUUAAAAAAAAAAUGUCUGCAUUGUGCAUAAUGUUUAGCACUGACAUGCACGUUGUAACCUUCACUGUCAAAUAAUGUUUUAUGCCAUAGUAAAACUAUUUGACUUUUCUAUUGGUGACAAGGAAAUUGCAAUUGGUUUCCUCAUGUAGAUAGCAUGAAGUAUUUAGGGAGUGUAAUCACUACUUUGUGAACUGGAAGGUGAAUAUUAAUGUUUAUGCCUAAAUAUAAAAAAAAUUAAAUUAUUUUAGCCUGAAUUUAGAUUUUAUUCAAUAAUCCCUUGGCAGUGAACAGGGCAUAUUAUUAGUAUUAUUAUUAUUAUUAUUAUUAUUGCGAUUUAUAUAGCGCCAACAGAUUCCGUAGCGCUUUACAAUAUUAUUAGAGGGGGGGGGGUUUGACUAUAAAUAGGACAAUUACAAGAAAACUUACAGAAACGAAGGGUUGAAGAGGGCCCUGCUCAAACGUGCUUACAGUCUAUAGGAGGUGGGGUAUAAAACACAUUAGGACAGGGAAUGGAAGGCAAAUUAGGUGGGAGUGGAGCAGAGCUGGAGGAGAGAGUAGAGUACUGCCCUUUAGGAGAGAGCAAGAGACAGGUAUGUGAGGUAGAGGUUAGUCUGGGAGGCCAUAGGCUUUCCUAAAGAAAUUCGUUUUAAGGCACUUCUUAAAUCAGGGGUUCUCAACCCAGUCCUCAGGACCCCCUACCAGUCCAGGAUUUGGGGAUUACCUGGGGGUGUGUCAGGUGUUUAGAGAAAGGGAAAAAAAACACCUUAGACUCUAGGACGGGAGCUACCCGCGAAAAGUCCUGUAAGCGUGAAUUGGCCGUACUGGUACGAGCAGCGGACAGAAGAAGGUCACCGGCAGAGUGGAGGGACAGAGAAGGGGCAUACCUAUGGAUCUGUGAGGAGAUAUAAGAGGGGCUAAGAUUAUUCAGUGCUUUAUAGGUAUGGGUUAGCACUUUGAAUUGGCCUUCUUUAGUAUACAGGAAGCCAAUGUAAGGACUGACAGAGGGGUGAGGUGUGAGAGGACCGACUAGAGAGGAAAAUCAGUCAGGUGGCAGCAUUCAUUACAGACUAUAGCGGGGCAAUAAGGCUAUUGGAAAGACAAAUUAGGAGAGGGUUACAAUAGUCCUUGGGAGAGAUUACCAGAGCAUGGACAAGCUCUUUAGUAGCAUCUUGUGUAAGAUAGGGGAGGAUGCGGGCGAUGUUUUGUAGGUGGAAUUGGCAUGAUUUGACAACAGACCGGAUGUGAGGCAUAAAUGCAAACCAUAGUGAUUGUUUAAUGGAAGACUCCAUGCACCAUAACUACUAUAGCCUCUGUUGUGGUAAUGUGCCAGUAGUGCCCUGGCUUUGUCCCUCUGUUUUUAGUACGAUUUGACAACUUGGCUCACUCCGACCAGGCACCAGUGCUGCAUCUGGUCUUCUCCACCUAGAUAAACUGGAUUGUUUUCUACGUCAAUACAGGACCAUGCAGGACAACGUUCAUUCACUGAGCACGUCAACUGAGCGCACACAGCCAAUGAGUGUGGUCCUACAUCGAACGUGCGUUACCUUUAAGAGACAAUCACCUUCUAGAGAAGACCAGAUGCGGUGGAUGCAGACGUAAGUGUUUUAGAAAGCUGAAUGCCUAAAAAUCUCACGUUUCUUCCUGGAUACUACCAGUAGAUUAUUUGAUAAUUUUUUGUGUACAUUUUGUCACAUUUCCUGUAUGGCAGUCAUUUCAAUCAACCGGGACCAUCCCUUUAAAGUAUCUUUGUCACCAUUGCGGGGUGGGGGGGUCAUGGAAUAUUUUGCAAAGAUUCCAAAAAGCCACAUCUCCCACUUAGGGUGCCGUGACCUGGAGGUCCACUGUAAAGUUGAUCUAUUAACUUGAAGAUGUGCCCUGCGGUUUCUACCAUUGCAUAUCUUCUGCUCCUAGCUCCAGUCUUUCUUUUGUCUUGCAUAUUUUGACUGUGUCGAAUUUCAGUGUAAAUAUUUCUUAACCCCUUAAGGACACAUGACAUGUCUGACAUGUCAUGAUUCCCUUUUAUUCCAGAAGUUUGGUCCUUAAGGGGUUAAAGACUAUUUUUGAAAUGCUGAAAUAUUUACAUUGUAUGCUUUAAUAAAUAAAAGUUAUGUUCAUGUAUCAACAUAAUUGUUGGUGGUGAUUGCUCCUCUUUUUUCCCUCACCCUAGUAAAUACUAUUAAUGCAUUAAGAUGAGCCAGUUUCAGGAGCUCUGUGUGUGUGGGCAUUUGCACCUUGUAGCAUAUCCCCAUGAUGCUUUGCUAGAUCAGGCAGUAUAGGAAAAGGAACAUUUGUAGUUUUUAGAUUAUAUUAAAGAAUCACUAUAGUGUCAGGAAAACAAAUCAGUUUUCCUGACAGUAUAGUACCCUGAGGGUGCCCCCAUCCUCAGGGUCCCCCUCCCGUGGUGCUGAAGGUGUUAAAACCCCUUCAGUUACUCACAUUAUUCCACCGCCGGGCUCACUUACCUCUCCUACCCCGCCGAUGUCCGCUCCUCCGUCUGACGUCAGUGGAGCGGAAUGCGCAUUUUUCAAUGCUUUCCGAUGGAGGCAUUAAAUGCCUCCAGCGUCGCAGAUGCGCCUCUAGUGGCUGUCCGCAUUUGGCUUAACCCCAAAUGUAAACAUAGCAGUUUCUCUGAAACUGCUAUGUUUACAUGAGGCAAGGUUAACCCUAGAGGGACCUGGCACCCAGACCACUUCAUUGAGCUGAAGUGGUCUGGGUGACUAUAGUGUCCCUUUAAUGUCUUACAGUUGCAAUUACUUAUGUAGUGCCAACAUUUUCCUGCUCUAAUAUUAUAAAUGUAUAUAUGACUCUAACAUUCGUAUUCAUGAAAAGUUUUACUUUAGACCCACAUGUAAAAUUUGUCUGUCAGCGGUGUACAAGUGCUGCUUCUCCUGCUGCUAUCACCUGGACAGAUGAUUUCAGUCAAAUGCUUCUCCAUAGAGGGUGCUUCUACAAAUGUGAGGUCAUUGUCAAGCUGCAAGAAUAGGAUUAUCUUCAUAGAAACGCAUUACAAUGAUUCUGUUUGGAGAGACUUAAGGGAACACUCCAGCACCAUAACCACAACCUAUUAUAAUAUAUAUUAUGUUGAUAAUAAGAAAAUAUGCAAAACUCUUUGAUUUCUGGGAGUUUCACACGGGUAUCUGCAGGCUAUUGUAAACGCUGCAACAAGCCAAGCCCAAUACUGUACUAUGAAUCCUAAUAGAAAUGAUUGGAAAGAACUUGUACUGCAGUGCUCCCUUUGACUUGGAACACGUUUUUUUACACUGAUCCCAAUGUGACAAUAGUGCACUUGCCAAUACUAUGAAAUUAUUUGUUUUAAGCAGGCGUUUUCUUGUUUGAAGCUAUCACUAAAGAUACUGCAGCAAAUUUAUUCAUCGGAAAAAUAUUACUGAAUGUCCCUCUCCUUCCUCUAUAGCAAGACAUAUGACCGGUCUCCUCUCUUUCUUGUGACCAGGAUGUGGUCUGUAAUCUCUCACCCGUUCCCUGGUUUCUGUUCUAAUCCUAUGGUGUUUGUUGUACAUGAGGCAGUGAGAUUGUGAGUCAGACAGCUGUCCAUUAUUUUUUUCCUCAGUUUCCAUUGGAUAUGAGGGAGAAGGGUGGAGUGAAGGUUAAAACUAUUUAGGAUUAUUUGUCAAGAGCCUGACCACUUACAUCUGAGACAUUCCCGUUUUAUUCUCUUUACAGGGACACCAGCUCUUGUUUGUUCAUUACAGGUGAUUUCAGGAUUUAAAAAAAAAAAAAAAAGCCAUUCUGUGCGUUUUCCAACUUUCCUCUUUUAGUUUAGGUUUUGCAGUUAAUUUUUUAGUUUACCAGAAUUCAGUGAUUUGUUGAAUAAAUCCCUAUAAUAGUGAACACGUUCAUGUUUUGUAAGGAGCAGUGGCUUCAUUCUGGAGCAGAUUAGUUUUAAUUGUGGUAAGGUCUAAACUAAAGUUCAAUAAAAAUAGCACUAUAUAAGUGUUUAAUAUGUACAUUAAAAAAUAAAUCUUAUUCUUGGUUUGUGUUUGAGGAGUUUUUUUUCCUGUUUAAUGAGCUGAUUUGCCAGGGCGAUCAUGAUAUAAAAGGAGUUUCUUGACCUCUUUUGAUUGAGGGGUUAAAUGGCAAUUGCUGAGUGACAGCUGCAAUAAAACUGCUGUCUUGCAAACUUGUGGUUAAAUAGGCCCUAUGCAGUUGCUUACUUAUCAAAGGCACAGAUGGUGUCUCCAUGCUUACAGCCUCUCAAUGCUUUUCCACCUAGUUACUUGAUGUGGUCACAUGUAAAGAUGCAAGUCCCCCCCAAAGGUGUAAAUGUAUGGUUAGAAGAAGGAAAGAAAAAUCAAUAUUACACUCUCCAUGAUACUUUCUCAUUAAUGCAUUAAAAUGAACAUUUGUGACUUUGACAGCAUUACUGCAUUGGGGAAGAAAGGUUAAUUUAAUAUUAACAGGAAGCAGAUAUAACAAACACACAUGUAUGUAGAAUUUCUAGGCAAAAAAACAACAAAAAGCUAGAACCUGUUAAACGUUACAGUGGGAAGAGAGUUAAAACCUGUAUUUACAUAAAGUGCUUGGUGUCAACCCAAAAUAGAACAGUUUGACACCGGGGGUCCACCGGGCACCUCUCUCUGCAUCCUCCACAAGUGCCUGAAGUGCUCUGGUUUCAUGAGAAAGGACUGGGUUCAUGUCCAAAAUGGUAGCACGCAGUGAUGUUAUUUAUGGAUUACAUGAGUGCCCACUUUCUUGCUUUUUAAAAUAUAUACUAAAAUACCUUGCACUCAGGCUGCAAAACGACAUGGCGUACCACUAAACUAUGUGGGUGCACUACCAGGGCUCCAACAUCCAAUUUGCAAAUAGACGGCAGACUAGUUAUAAACCGGAUCAACGUUUCAGUCCCACAUUGGGACUUUCUUCAGGAUCGUAGAUGGAUCUAUGAUCCUGAAGAAAGUCCCUAUGUGGGACUGACAUCAUGACCUAGUUUUUAACUACUAUGGAAUAAAAGUGAAUUUUUUUUUUUUUAAAAAAGAGUUCCUAAAAUGUUUAUUAGAAGAGUGCAGCAGUCUAUUUGCUAAAUAUAUAUAUUUAUUUAUUAAUGCUUUAGGCUACAUUGGCCAUGCUCUAUGGAUCUAAUCAAAUUCCUUCACAUACUUUAUUUUUCCGUUUCACUAUUUAUGCCCAUUAGUAGAUAGUUGCUUAUGUGUUUAAUCUGUCUGUUAAAUCUUUCAGAUAAUUUUAUAUUGUGUUAUGUGAAAAAUUCUGAUUUAUAUAACAAAGCAAAAAAUAAAUAAAAAAUAAAGCUUCCAAAUGCCAUUACUACGAUAUUGUUGACCUGCCCCCUCCCCAUUGUGGUCAAACUCUUUUUAAGAAUAGUCUGCCUUCUUACGUGGGCACCACUCCCCUGCAUGCAUUACUUCUGACAGCUGGAAGUUCUCUAAUCUGAACUCUGUCUAGAAGUGCAGGACUUAAUAGCUCAUUGGCUGAGAGUGAUCAGCUGACACCAUUUGAGAGCGAACAGAAGUUCCUACAUAGGAGAUUUGGGCUCUUUUGCCCGGGAGAACACAGAUAACCAUGUCAGAUCUCUAAAACUGUUUGACAACGUACAUUGGGGGGGCACCAAGGUACUGCUGGCACCAUAACCAUGCCCACGAUCUGUGCUUAAGGUGUUCGUUUAAAGAAAAAACUUUAAUGCUGUAUUGUUAGAAUGCGGUUUUGGCAUACAACAUAUACUUAGUGUUUUCUGGGCAUAUAUUUGCAUUUAAUCUAGGGAUCAUUCAGAAGUUAGUAGAAUUUUGAAAGUCUGGCAGGAUUAUGCCACACACACCAGAUUAGAUACAACAUGCAUCAGUAUAGAUUUACAGGUUUAAAGGAUAUUUCUUGCGCUAUAGUCUCAAUCUCCCCCCUCCCCAGCCGACUUGGAAAGGAUUAAAAAAAACCUACCUGACAGCCACUAGAGGCAGUAUUAGUCCUGCAAUGUAAACCAUUGCAGUUUCUCUUAAAAUGCAAUGGUUUACAUUGCAGUACUAAGGGGGGUGAGCUGAAGUGGUCUGGAUGUCUAUAGGGUCCCUUUAAAGGACCACUCUAGGCACCCAGACCACUUCAGCUUAAUGAAGUGGUCUGGGUGCCAGGUCCUUCUAGGGUUAACCCAUUUUUUCAUAAUUAUAGCAGUUUCAGAGAAACUGCUAUAAUUAUGAAUGGGUUAAGCCUUCCCCCUAAUCCUCUAGUGGCUGUCUCAUUGGCAGCCACUAGAGGCGCUUGCGUGCUUCUCACUGUGAAAAUCACAGUGAGAGCACGCCAGCGUCCAUAGGAAAGCAUUGUAAAUGCUUUCCUAUGAGACCGGCUGAAUGCGCGCGCAGCUCUUGCCGCGCGUGCGCAUUCAGCCAUCGGGGCGUAACGGAGGCGGAGAGGAGGAGGAGAGCUCUCUGGCCAGCGCUGGAAAAAGGUAAGUUUAAACCCCUUUCCCCCUUCCAGAGCCGGGCGGGAGGGGGACCCUGAGGGUGGGGGCACCCUCAGGGCACUAUAGUGCCAGGAAAACGAGUAUGUUUUCCUGGCACUAUAGUGGUCCUUUAAGUUUUGAAGUAGAACUGCCACAUGCCACAACCUGAUAUCUAACCAAUUUUAAUCCCUGGGUUCCUCCAGAUUCACCUCCAUUAUCUAAAGGGUACGAUUGUUUUUCACAAUCGCUUUAUUGGUUAGCGGGUCAUUAUUCUUCAAUUUUAAAAUAAACUAUUUAGGGUUGGAGAAUUCUUUUAAGUAUGCAAUAGUUGUUUUUUACUUUACUGUCCUCAAUGGACAAAGAUGAUAAUAUAAAGUUUAAAUAUGCAUAUUGCAGAUCCAUAUGAGGCUUUUGAUUGAAGCUGCUCAACAUUUUUAUUUAAAGGGACACUGAGCACCAUCACAGAUUUCUGGGUUUUGGCAUCAUUAAUAUUCUGUAUUUUUGCAUGCUCUAGCCUUUGUUGGUUUAAAAAGGAGGGAAAAAGGUAAUGUUCCAUAAGCUUGCCUCCAUGACACACUUAUCAGUGUGUAUACAGCUCGGCUAUGGACAGCACCGAGUGAGCUGCAAUGCUAUAAGCAAAGCAGCCUGGCGGAGCAUUCUACAGAACAACUUUCUGCUGAGCUUUUUUUUUCCUCAUGCAAAAAGUACAGCAUAUUGAUGAGGACAAAGUAUAUAAAAAAAGCUCCAAGCACACAAAUAAUUUCAGUUUGAACUACGUCCAAUCAUCCUGUUUAAUGUUUGAAUGCUAAUCUGAGCAGACUAAUCCUAAACUCCCAUAUCGGUCAUGCUCUUGUGGUAAUACUGAAGAUUAAAACAAAAAAACAAAAAGUGUGUGGAUGGUCCUCUGCAGACUACCAAUCUUGAGGAAGCAUGGAUCAUCUCAAAAUUGCAAACACACACUAGCUCUUAACUCCUUCCCGACCGCAGACGGAAAUUUUCCAUCAACCUUGUCCUUCAGUUAAGGACCGUUGUAGGAAAAUUUGUCAUUUACUAAAGUUAACCCCAGAUCGCCGCGACCGCGGGGUUAACCGUGCUCCGGUCUGUCUCUGUAUUAGAGGCAGACCGGGAGCACCCGAUCGGGCUGCCCCAGCACCGGUGCUCGCUCUGACAGGCUGUCAGAGGAGCACAUGUGCUCAGUGUACUUACCUUCCGCCUCCCUGCACUUCCGGGUUCUGUAUGAAGUGCAGGGAGAUGGAUCAGAGCUGAUCCUCUUCUCCCUGGGUAAAAUAAAGUUAAAUCCCCCCCCCUGCCUCCCUUUCCCCUGCUUUAAUAAAAUUAACCCCUUCCCUGACAAUUGAUCACUGACUACAAUUUUUUUUUUUAACCCUCAGGGGUUAAAUUUAUUUUAUUAAUUUAAAUAUUUAAAAAUUAUGUAUUUAGCUAGCUGGGAUGGGUGGAUGUUAGUGGAGAAUUUGGUGUUAGGCUAACUAGGGGUUAACAUAUAUAUAUUUUUUUUAAAAUAAGCUUUAAAAAGGUAAAAAAAAUUUUUUCAAGUUUUAGUAACGUUUAAGUAAAAAACAACAAAAAACAACCCGCCUUUACCCAGUCUAAACAAAAAUUAACCCCUUCCCUGCCAGCUAAUCACUGCCUACAGUGAUCACAAUACAGAUCACAGUAUUAUACUGUAAUCUAAUUUCUUUUAACCCUUGAGGAUUAACUUUAAUUUAUUUUUAACCCUCAGGGUUUCAAUUUAUUUAAUUAAUUUAAAUAUUUUAUAAUUUUGCUAGCUGGAGUGGGUGGGAGUUAUGGGAAAGGGGGGAAUUUACGGUUAGUGCUGCUUACUGCUAGUUAGGGGUUAACGGUAAAAGAAAAGUUUAGAAAAAAAGUUAAAGUGUAAAACAUUUAAUAAGUGCAUGCAUCUGUUAUUUAGGCCUGCAAAGGUGGUAUAUUGGUAUACUUCCUUUUGAUAGUGAUGUAAUUACUGAAUAGGUCAGAUGACUCCCGAAGUUGUCAUUGUGUGGAGUGCUCUGGGUUACUGUGGUGUUUCUACUUAAAGGGACAUGCAUCACUUUAAAGCAAUUAUCUCAUUUAAAAUAUUUAGCAGACUGAAAAAUGCAGGUAAAUUAUUUAUUUUUCUCCAUAUUUACCCUCUUCUUUCUUAUGCUUUCCACAUCCACUCCAGGGGGGACACUGAUCUAACCAAUCAGUGUCCUAUCCCUAGGAAUGUUUGAAAAGUGCAUUGGGCAUGCCUGACAGUGACAUACUGUGCAGCUGGAAGAUCUCUUUACUUUGCAAUAUCCUGACGGGGGUAGAAAAGCGGGACUCUGAUCAGUGUGAUCAUGCAGUGCAGACUCCAGUGUCAGUUCAGCUGCACAGUGAUGACCUGUUUGUCAUUAGUGGCCUGGUCUGAAAUUAAUGGGCCUGAAGAUAUUCCCCUAGAUGAGAGGCGUGCCCAAUAGUGGAUUUGACUGAAUUUUUAUUUAUUAAUAUUUAUUAAAUUUUAAAGUUUUUCUUGAUUUUAUUUAUUUUUGUAUAUUUCCCAAAAGUAUUUGCUGGUUUAAAUAAAGUAAUUGUCAAGUGAUGCGCCUUUGUGCUGCGCUGUACCAUUCAGCAUCUUCUCAUAGAAAUGCGUUGUGCAGCACUGACCCCAGAAGCACCUCUAGUGGCCAUCUUAAUGACUGCCACUAUAGGUGUUCCUAGGCAGCAAUGUGCAAACUGCCUUUACAUUAAAAUGCCUGCAGGGACAGGCUAUAGAGGCUCCCUUGAUAAAGUCAUUUUUGCCAAAACAUUGGGGGCUUAUUGGUUGACUAUUGUCCUUUUUUUCUUCAAGCCCUGUGACCACCUAAAUAUUUUCAAGUUGUCCUACUGAAAGGACAUUACUUCAUGCAUACACACUGUAUAUGCAAUCAUUUAAGGGAGAAGACUCCACAUUUCUGUCAUAUCUUGACUAUUGGGAUCUUGCAUAUCUCAAUGAUCUCUAAACCUGUGUAUUCUGAAUUGCUAAAAACCUAUUGUUUGCACAGAUGACAAAGUUUACAACUCAGUUGCCAGUUAAUAAUUUAUUUAUAUCCGAAUAACCUUCACUGUAUUUUUCAAUACAAAUAUUCAAAAUACAUUAUUUUGUUUUAUAUAUUUUUUGUUUCAUGAAGAUAGUCAAAAUAAUUACCUGGGGUCCAUCAGGUGCCGAAUCACCUCCUCUGUGAGAGCCAGAGGCUCUUUGCGUUGAGCCAAGCUCAGCAGUGCAGGGCUUAGAAACAUAGAAUGUGACUGCAGAUAAGAACCAUUUGGCCCAUCUAGUCUACCCAGUUUUCUAAAUACUUUCAUUAGUCCUUGGCCUUAUCUUAUAUCUAGGAUAGCCUUGUGCCUAUCCCACACAUGCUGAAACUUCUUCACUGUGUUAGCCUCUACCAAUUCAGCUGGAAGGCUUUUUCCAUGCAUCCACUACCCUCUCAGUAAAGUAAUACUUGCUGACUUUAUUUUUAAAUAUUUGCCCCUCUAAUUUAAGACUUUAAAUUAUGUCUUCUUGUGGUAGUUUUUCUUUUAAAUAUAGUGUCCAACUUUACUGUUGAUUCCCUUUAUGUAUUUAAAUGCUUCUAUCAUAUCCCCCCAGUCUCGUUUUUCCUCCAAGCUAUACAUUUUAAGUUCGUUUAACCUUUUAUUGUAAGUUUUAUCCUGCAAUCCAUGAACCAGUUUAGUAGCCCUUCUCUGAACUCUCUAUAAUGUAUCAAUAUCCUUCUGAAGAUACGGUCUCCAGUACUGUGUACAAUACUCCAAGUGAGGUCUCACCAGUGUUCUGUACAAUGGCAUGAGCACUUCCCUCUUUCUACUGCUAAUACCUCUCCCUAUACAACCAAGCAUUCUGCUAGCAUUUCCUGCUGCUUUAUUACAUUGUCUGCCUACCUUUAAGUCGUCAGAAAUAAUUACCCCUAAAUCCAUUUCCUCAGAUGUUUCGGUUAGGACUCUAUAUAAUAUUCUGUACUCUGCCCUUGGGUUUUUACGUCCAAGAUGCAUUAUCUUGAACUUAUCUACAUUAUAUGUCAGUUGCCACAACUGACCAUUUAUCUAGUUUGCCUAACUCAUAUUUCAUUUGGCUUAUCCCUCCUGGAACAUCAACCAUGUUACAUAUCUUAGUGUCAUCAGCAAAAAGACAUACCUUAUCUUCAAGACCUUCUGCAAUAUCACUAAUAAAAAUAUUAAAGAGAAUGGCUCCAAGUUCAGAUCCCUGAGGUACCCCACUGGUGACAAGACCAUACCUUAGCUCAGGGUUAGGCAUCCUUCGGCUUUCUGUUGUGGACUACAUCUCUCCUGAUGCUUUAUUAGGAACAUGAAUCUAAGGGCAUUAAGGGAGAUGUAGUCCACAUCUGGGGUGCAGAAGGCUGUUUACCGCUGGGUUAUUGGCUGAGAGCUGUCUGCUGAUGCUUUCAACCAAUGAGAUGGUCCUGCACAGAAUGGUUUAGCUCAGGAAAGAAUCUGAGCACUAAAUGGUUCAUGAGCAAUGGCUUCCAGUUCAGUAAUAGUCUUAGAUUUGCAUGCGGCAACUGCCUUCUUCAACUCCCAGCAGAGAUUUUCCAUGGGGUUCACUGAAACCUUAGUGUCUGUUGCCAUCAAGUCUUGUUGCAGGUCUUUUGCAGUCAUUCGAGGAUUUGUUUACAACCUGCCUUCUCAGAAAUCUGGUUGCAGCCAUUGAUGGCUUCCUUUUUCUACCAUGUCCGUAUAGUGGAACCACUGUACCUUCUGCUUUGAACUUGCGAACUGUGCUUCCAACUGUGUCUCUAAGAACAGUCAGUGCCUUUGCCAUCUUUUUGUAUCCUGUUCCUUGUUUGUGAAGGGUAAUGAUCUAUUCUCUUAACUUUGUGGAACAUUCUUUUGACUUAGCCAUACUUCUAACAUGCAGUCAAACAUGACACUCAACAAACCCCUAGCCAGUUCAGGUAUUUCAAGUAUUCCAGCUCAAGCACUCCUGAUGCAACUAAUGAAGCCCUUGAUUAGUUGCAUCAAGUGUGCUAGCAUAUUUGUGCUGUUGUGAGUGAUACUAUUUAGGGGAUAAUUUUGAGACUGGAGAAGUCAUUAUAAGUUGCAUUUUCAGUAAAAUUUGGGGAAAUUGUUUGAAGCAUUUGUUGUGUUGAUCUAUUUCAAUUCCUGUUGUUUGAUUUGCUCAUUGGAAACAGUUGAAAGUCUGUACAUUUUGACCUGGUUUUCAGUGGGGGUUGAAUGAUUUUGAUUGUGUGUGUGUGUGUGUGUGUGUGUAUGUAUAUAUAAUACAUUUUUUUUUUUCUUAACCUAGCCUUGGUGAAGGCAAAGUCUAGAUUUUAAUAAAGACAGCAGGUAAAUAUUAUUCCUCCUGUUUCCCUUCUCUUGCUCCUGAUUUUUUUGUCAUUUUUGUGGGACUUUAUUUUGUGACACGUUAUUGCUUUGGUUUUUGUGUUUGUUUAGACUCUCAUGUGUGCCAUGUAUGUUUUGUAUGUGUAUGAUUUGACCCAUCCUUAUUCUGAUCAUAGUUGAUCAUACAUUUGCUUCAUUGUGGUCUGCAUUUUGUAUCACUUCUAUUUUUUUUUUUCUUCUAUUACUGCCUCCCAUAUGCUCACAUUUCUCUCUCUUUCCCUGUGGUUUAAGGGAACCGCUCUGAUUCCUUCUUGGGCUAUGGCUGUUUGUUUGUUUAGGAAUUUUUGCUUACCCGUUUUGGAUUUGUUUUCUCUUCAGCCAUUCUCUACCUGUUCGAAAAGAGGCUCUAGCGGGAGCCUAUUAUGGUGUUAAUAAAUGCAUCUGGUUUCUGAUUGGUUACUUUUUUUUUUUUUCUUAUCCCACUUAGUUGAAGGAGGUUUAUUGAGUUCUCUGGCACCAUAAUGUUUCUUGUUCUCUUUUUAUGCAUAAAACUAAUGGCUGUCCUCAAUAUAAUUAUUAUAGUAGUUUCUCUAUCACAUGGUUUGUUUUGUCAACGUGGAAGGAAUGUCAAGGCCGCUCACUUCUUUUGUUGUGUAAAUUCUUAUUUAAACCAAUGUGGUCUUGCCACUAAAUGCCAACUUAAUAUAGCAUACAAAAAAUAUAUAUAUUUUUUUGCUUUGUUUUUCUCUUCUUUAAUCUACCAAUACACUUUUUCGUUUUAUAAUUUCAGGUAAAUGAAAGUAAAUACUCUUCACUUUUAACGUUUUGCCCAGUUGGCUGAUUGUGUCAGACCCUAACAAUACCAUCAACUUUUCCUUGCUGGGUUUUGCCAUUCAUUCAUUUAACGUAGCGGAGUUACAGUAUUUAAUCAGCAUUGUGUGUUUUAAAUGACAGUAAGUGUAGAUUGUAAUAAACAGCCAGGCUGUGUAUGUAAAGCUACGGAUAGUAACGGAACUUCUCUGCGCUAUUUAAGCAAAGUUCCAUUUCAGUUGCUAAUCUAAUUUACCCACAAUCCAUCAGACAAGACUGAGAGAAGGGCAAAUGGCCGAUUAUGGACAGAGGAAAACAAAAUGGAGGCAGCCAGGUAGCAGGAAAGAUGUAAAUAAAAAUUAAGGCAAGUGCCAAAGAGGGGAGUAUAUAAUUAUUAAAGUAGAAAAUGGCAUGAGGAAAGGAAAACCUAAUAAAAGAAACAAAAACAUGGCCGAACCGCUUUAAGCUUGGGGCAGCACUGAAAAAUGUCCCGUUGUACCCAAAAUUGAUGUCCGUUGCACUCUUAGGCAGGAGCUGCUAUUUGUAGCCAAUAUUCCUAAUCCCGUCCUUCUCCAUUUUUGAUAUGCCAGCAGGAGAAUUGGGGGGAGAGAGAGAUUCAUACCUUUUCUUUUCUCCUGUAACAACAUAUUGGUGAUGGAAUAAGGGCAGAGUUAAUUUAAUGGUGGUGGUCAGGUUGGAGUAAAAAUCUCUCAAUCAGAUUGUGUGUCUCAUAGAGAUCAUCUGAUUUGCACAGAACAGCAUUUUUAAUGGUAAAAAAAAAACAAAACUACUUUUUAAUCCUUGCGGGGUAGGGGUUGUUUUAUUUUCACACAACGAAUAUCUUGUAAUUUAAAUUGCUCUCCAAUUACCGUAUAAGUAAUUAUUAACCUGUUGACCUGGAAAUAGUUUACGAGUUCGUUGUUAUAUAUGUAUUUCUAAUGGUACAUAAAAUCAGUUCUGAUAAACUGUUAAACUAAUAGUUAUUUUUCUGAAUAUGAAAUCUUCAUCUGGUAGCAAAUAUUAAACAUUGUAACAACCAGCAAGAAUAAGUCUUAAUGUUUAAAACCAUAACUGCAAUUGAAUUUUACGGACAUGUAAUUUAAAUUAAAUCCACCAUGACGAGCAUAGUUGCUGCCUUAGAGUGUUGUAACUCCCACCAUUCUCAGGCUGUGACCCAAUUCUGUCUUGUGUGAAGACGCUGCAGUGUGCUAGUCACACAGUACAUUGCAGUUGCUAAUGCAUGGUGUAAUGUCAUCUAUAGCGCAUUACCGCAUUAGAAAACAUCUGCUUGUUGAAAUAAGGGGCAAAUCAUGCAGUAGAUAUAUACUGUCAGAGACAAUGCAGUGUAACAAAAAAUGUCUGUUGUGUUCACGGAGAAAUAAUUAGUAUUUCUCUCCAUUUUUUGUUUCGUGGCAUGCUGUGUAAAAAUGUAUCCUGAGAUACCACAUCUAUUUCAGUAUGUUUUUAAAAGAACACCACUUCUAAAAUAAAGUUUAGAUGCAUCAGUUUUAUAGACUACAAAUAACCAUUUACAGUAAAAGUAUAUAAAGCAAUUUAUGUAGGGAUUACCUUGGCUUAGUAAUGUAGUAGUUCAUUGUGCAUUUAUUAGUCUCUUCCAUGGUUUAACUUCAAAUAGUUAGGGCACCAGAUGAGCCAGUAUGGAGAAAUGUGUGUUGUGUGAGAUGGUGUACAUUUCAGGGAUGUGGAAUUUAUAUCGCCUGACGCCAGGGACAUGCAGUUCGGGGUGUUGGACAAAAAGAUUAUUUUUAUUCAUUAAACCCAGCUGUGGGUUAACAGGGCUGCUUUGGGAGGAAUUGGUGCCCGGCAGGGAGUGUAUCGCAGGCAGGUGUACAGGGACGCUGUGGGUUGGGCCGGCUGCAGUUUGCAGGGAGGUUUGGGGAAUGGCAGCAACCAACCGCUAUUCACAGUGCUUAGGAUUUGUGGUCACAGGGAUUCAGCGUGAUGUCCUAUCUCGACUGCUAAUGCGCUGUAAAGGGUAGAGUGAGCAUGGGACAGGCUACUCAUCCACUGAACAUCUGAUGCUAGUAAUCUGUGCUGUUUGUGUGUAAAUGUGUAGUUUGUGUGUGGCAGUAUGCAGUGCGUUUGGGUCUGUGUGUUGUGUUUGUGUAUGGUUGUGUGCAGUAUGUUUGUAACACACUCAGCGCACUCAUCACAUACAGCCAGCACACACACACACAUCUAAUAGAGCCACCUCUCUCACACACUUCUAAUAGAGCCGAGACACACAACGCACGUGACAUAAAGCCAGGACACUUCAUACAGGCCAAAGACUUUAGCACAUCAAACGUUCAUUUGAUGAAAGUCCCAAGAGGGGUAACGCCCAAAAAUAAGGGGUACCAGCUAUGCAUAAACUCUGGGAUAAUGUAUGGAAUUAUUAGAGUUUUAAGGAGGCACAACAUAAACUGUUUGUGAGUGCAGAACUGCCUACAUUUUAUUUAUUUUUUGGUCACAUAAGCAGUAAAAAAAAAAAAAAACAUACCCCUCCCUCACCACCAUUUUCAGUUAAUUUGUUUAGUCUCCAAGUAAAAUGAGUAAAUCGAAAACUAGGGCAGCAACAAAUUGCUUUGCUUGUGAACACAAACUUGUUACCCCUUGUUGGUGGAUGGGCACAUUCCAGCAUUAUUUAUAGACCUGCAUGUCUAGAUAUUGAUCCAUAGAUAGCAAACAUGCAUGAUGUUUUGGUUUAACUCCUGCAGUUGCUGUUGGCAAUAAUAGAUAAAUUAAAACCUUAGUCAUCACACAUGUGAGCUCAUAAUGUUGUGUUUUUUUGUUUUGUUUUUAAUCACAUCCAACAUACUGUUAUACCAAGUUUUAUUUUGUUUAUAUGUUUAGAAUUGCUAACCGUUGCAUUGCUUUACAUUUAGGGUUAAUGACUAAACAAAAUCAGAGCAGAGUAAAUGGUGAUAAUGUCACCAAUUACAGGAAUGCCAUUCCCUCCAUGCUUCCAAGCACUGUCAGAGAGUAUUAUCUUAGGAAAUGCCUAUAGAUAUUUUUGUUCCGUCAAGCAUUUAAAUAUUUACUGAUUAUUUUGAAGAAUAAGCCCAGAGAUUAGAACACGUUCGUAAACGUAUGAUUGACCAAGCCGGUGUGGGAUAUUUAAAUAUUUAAACAAUUAUUUCCUCCCUUAUGUAACUUGAGCUGCAUCUUUGAAAUACUUUGCAUGUGCAAAAAACUGCAUAGUAAUAGAGGUGGGGGAAAAAAGCCCAUAAUGUAAAAGGGUUAUGCAGACCAAAAACAACGUUUUAGUUAAGGUUUUUGGUUAGAAGAAUCCCUUGCUGGCACUGUGUCCCACUGCCAUAAAUGGUUAAAAAGUAAACAUAUCUGCGAUCCCACACAGAGGCCAAGUUCUCCCUGCAGCCCAAUCCUCCAGUGUCAUUCUGCUUCACUGCUGGCCUUGGGGGAGGAUUUUUGCAGCACAGAGGGGGUAGCCGUGUUGCCAUUGGUCGUCUAUCAUCGGUAUGUUGUGCGUGUUGUUGACCGGCUCCCAAAAUGCACAGAUUAAUGGAGGAAAAAAAAUUCAUUGCUGAAAUGCAAACCUUUUUUUUUUUUUUUAAUUAUUAUUUAAACCAUUCUCUAUUGUGUAAGACUAUAGCACUUAAUAUAUCAUUUACAUUUUAGUCCUACAUUGUGCCAAGUGAUGUUUCUGUUAUGAUAUGUGAGAAAUUACUACACAGUGAGGUAUGCUGUGGAUACCAGUUUGGAUACCAAGAUAUUUUGAAGAAAAGGCAUGUCCUCUCUCAAACAUGUUUGCAUGAGGUGUAAUAGUUGACGAAUGGACCAUUUCAUUGGAGUACACAUUUUACUCCUGAUCUGAUUUGCACAAUGUAUACUAUAUAGGAAACAGUGGGUGAUGUAGGUAAUACCUUACUGUCAUACAUAGUACAUUAUAUAUACAACCAAGUAUUGACGGUUGGGAUAUUUUAUAAAAUGACUUUCUAUAUUGCAGAUGAAGUGCCUGCAGACAUGGUUGCAGAAGAAUCAGGUCCUGGUGCACAGAAUAGUCCAUAUCAACUUCGCAGAAAAACUCUCGUCCCUAAAAGAACCGCUUGUCCAACAAAGAGCAGUAUGGAGGUGAGAGAAGAGAGAUGCAUUCUUUGUCCGUGGUCUAUAAAAUGUACCUCUAAAGUAAAUGAAAUGUUGACCAGAUGUCAAUAUAAAUUUUGUAUCGCUGAGAUAUCGCUGAUUGCAACACAGUACGCAUUCUCUGUCCUUGUUUAUUUGCAGACUUACACAAUGGAUGCUUCUUUUAAAUCUAAAGCUAUAUAAUUUCUAUAUGAUCAUAUAUGUUUAUUCUAUAUGUUUAUAUGCAUAUAUGAUCACUUUGCUGCCCUUCAUAUUUCACUGCAAUAUCUCACCCCACCAGCAUUCAGAGUUAAAUUCAUAGCUCACGUUUAAAGAUAUGUUUCCAGUGGUUGAUCUGAUCUACAUUUCAUUCUAUUGUUGCUACCACAGGGCAGGAGAUUGGAUGGUUGUUUUUUUGAGUUGAGGGGAGUGAAUUCAUGUUUACAGUUUUCAAGUAGUGCAUUUAAAAAAAAAAAAAAAAACACCUUUUUUUGAGAGGUGUUCAGUUUACAGUGAUAUGGGUGCAAUUUUAAACUGCCUUUUUAAAUUUUUUGAUAAAGCUUCCCUUAAUUUCUUAUUUAUUUGCUAGAGCCUGCAGCAGCACCCUGUGUGUGAUUAGAAGUCCAUAUUUCCUGCUCUACUAAUUAUACUUAUAGGGACACUAUUACUAGAACUGCUACAGCUUAAUGUAGUUGUUCUAUUGUCUAUAGCAUAUCCAUGCAGGCUCUUUAAUGUAAACACUGCCUUUUUGGAGAAAGUCAACUGGAGGUUGAUGUACGGUGUUUCCACAUUCUGCAUGGAGACACUAAACGCUUCCCGUAGAGUCGCAUUGAUUCAAUGCAUCUUUAUGAAGAGAUGCUGAUUGGUGUCUAUGGGAAAGCAUUGGAUUGGCUUAGAUUGUCAAAUUUGAUGAUCUCAGCCAGGGAGACAGAGCACGGCCAGCUGCGGCGAGACUGGUUUGGCAUUGGAAAAACAGGGAGUAGAACACCUUUUUAAAGUACGCAGUGACAGGCCGGAAGCCUAAACUGUAUGUUUAGAACUAUAGUGUCAGGAAUGCAUGUUUGUCAAUUUUUGGGUUGCUUUGGGGAUCUGUGCAUUUGUUAAAGGAUUACUCCAACCACUCUGACCACUUCUGUGAUUUGAAGAGUUCCUGUUUGUAGGAAUCUGUGUGCAGCGUUUCUUCUUGUAACUCUGCACGUACAGGUAAAUCUGCACUUUUGUGCUGUUGACUAGUUACACCCCAGGCAAAUGUAACUUUGGCAGCCCCAAACUCUGUUCCAGACUGCCUAAUGUCCGAUUUGUGCAGAAAAUCUGUCGUCGGUACGCACAGCAAACUAGCAAUGGAUGUAUUGAGCUGGUCCCUUGUAGACAGAGCCUGCAAAGCAAAGCAUUUUCUCCCUGCCUCCCUCCCUUCCUGAGUUGAGCUCUCCCUCUCUCCCUAUCCCCUUAAUAUUGUUUGUAACUUUCACGAGCAACUAGUCAUUUUUGAGUGAAAAUUCUGCCCUGGCGAGUAGAAAUAUACCACUAGUGAGUGUGACUUGGACCUUUCAGGCAUACAGUGACGUUUAAAGCAUGGCUGGUGGUUUAUGAUUGAUAAUUGUAAGGUCUAUUAACAAAGUUUAUAAAACCAUACACUGCCUGUUGUGACUUUUAACCAUCCAAUUAACAUAUUAACAUAUUAACAAAUAUUAACUAAUUAACAAAUUAAUAUAUUUACCAUUUCUAUUUCUUUGUUUUUCAUUUAGGGUGCUUCCACCUCAACAACUGAAAACUUUGGCCAUAGAGCAAAACGUGCCAGAGUGUCUGGGAAAUCCCAGGAUCUGCCUGGUAAGAUGGAUUUCAAAUUACAAGCAUAGAUUAUUACAAAACAAUUCUUACCUUUUUUUUUUGUUUGUUUUUUUUGUUUAGAGCAGAGACAUUGUUUAUCUGUAAUUUGGCGUGUUGGCCAAUUUGUGUUCUAAGGUAUGUUUUUUUAUUUUUUUAAUAGCAGCCCCUGCAGAGCAAUAUCUUCAAGAAAAACUACCAGAUGAGGUGGUUCUGAAGAUCUUUUCUUACCUGCUGGAGCAGGAUCUUUGUAGAGCAGCUUGUGUGUGCAAGCGUUUCAGCGAACUUGCAAAUGAUCCGAUUUUGUGGUAAGUCCAGCAUAUAAAAUUCCUUGAGGGAAUGUGAUUUCAUAUUAAAAAUGGGAUAGUUGUUUAGUAAGAGAGAUGAUCUGAAAAGUCUUUAAUGUAGUGUGCAAAAUAUAAAUUGAUUUUCGGUGAACUCUGACAGUAAUAGAGCAACUGUCCAGGGGGUCAGUGAUAUCAUAGUAUAAGUUUUUCCUUAAAAUUCACUUUAUAUUGAAUGAUUUUUAAAUGGAAAUGGUUAUCAAUUAUAUUUAAAAAAAAUGCAAUACUUACAGAACAUCCAGGGGGCAAAAGUUAUUACAGAAUGUAAUUCUCUAAUUCUUAUACAACUUUUUAUUUAACACACAAGUUUUGUGUUGCUCACUUAUUUGAUUGUUUUUUAGGAAACGAUUGUAUAUGGAAGUAUUUGAAUAUACACGUCCAAUGAUGCAUCCUGAACCUGGGAAAUUUUUUCAAAUUAACCCUGAAGAAUAUGAGCAUCCAAACCCAUGGAAAGAAAGCUUUCAGCAAUUGGUACGAAUAUAUUUUACAAGAUCAGUUUAACUUUUUACAAACUGCCACAGCCCAAUCUCCACUAGUCAAGCAAAAACUGAUGGCAGAGGGAAGGUUUUAGGCUUAAAUUUCAUGUUGUUAUAGCCAGAGAAUAGACACAUAUAUAGCAUGUUUUGGGACAAGUGUUCCAAGUACAGUUAUUGUGUUAUGUAACUUCCUGGUGUAAUAAAGGUGUAAUAUCUUUUAUAGGUGUUAGUUAAAAUGGAUUGGAAUCCAUCACGUCAUAAUGAAUACUUCAUAAAGGUGCUGCCUAAUAUUUCAUGAAACAUAAGCGAAAUGUGAAAAAGUGUUAGAAUCCUUUGGUCUACUGCAGCUUUAUAAAAAAAAAAAAAAAAAUUCCUUAUCCACAUCAUCUACAGACAAGAAUUGUUAAUUUUGUUAAAAGAAAUAUCCAAUACUUUUUUCACCUUUAAAAAUAUGGCUACAUUUUAAAAAACUUUUGUUACUGUAAAUUUAAACAUUUAGUUACCUGGGACUGGUUCUAGUUAUAUUUUCUUCCAUUGUGCUGGCUCCACCAGGUCCUUUUCCUCAGUGUUGCCAUCUUGGAGUUUCUAAGAUGGCAGCCGCUGAAACCGCUUCUUCUGCCCUUCCAAGGGUGUGCGCAUGAUGUCAUGUGCAUGCCCAGUACAUUUGUUAAACAAGAUCGAAAACUUGAGGAGUUAGGAAAACUCAUAAUAAGUCUCUAUUUGGAAAGAAACAUAUAGCUACUUUAAGUAGGCAGCAACAUCCUAAUCCAGUGGUAGGCAACCUCUGGUACUCCAGAUGCUGUGGACUACAUAUCCCUUGAUGCUUUGCUAGCAUUAUGGGAGAUGUAGUCCACAAUAUCUGGAGUGCCAAACGUUGCUUACACGUGUCCUAAUUCCUAUUACUGUUUUCUAGGUAAUUAAAAAAAUUCUGAACAAAAAUAUAUAAAUCCCAGUGCUUGAGAGGUGCCAGCACUGGCUGCAUUGUAACUGUUUGCUAUACGGUAAUAAUGUACAAUUUUUUGAUUAUUUUUUUUCCUCUUUCCCUCAUGACAGUAUAAAGGUGCACAUGUUAAACCAGGAUUUGCAGAACACUUUUACAGUAACCCUACAAGAUACAAAGGGAGAGAAAAUAUGUUGGUAAGGUGUUAUAUAAUAUAUAAAUAUAUAAAUUGUUAUAAGCCAAAUGAUUCGUAGAUUAAGAUUUUUGCAUAUUUCUUCCAGUACUAUGAUACAAUUGAAGAUGCUUUGGGUGGCGUUCAGGAAGCUCAUUUUGAUGGACUCAUUUUCGUCCAUUCUGGAAUCUACACGGAUGAAUGGAUUUACAUAGAGUCUCCUAUAACGAUGAUUGGUGCAGGUACUGUUCCCUUAUGUAUUACUAGAACUGAUAUGUAUUGACAUAACUGUUGGAAUAGUAAGUGUCAAUGUGGUGGGCUUAAGAUGUCCAAAUUCCGGUAGGCGUUCAAAGCCACCACUCUGGCAUUAUCUUGUUGACCAAGCAAGUUUAGUCCUGUGUGAAGUUAGUCCUCUGCAAGAUCGGAUUUCUUCCGUUUUUCUAAACAUUGCUCUGACUCCUGGAAAUACACACCAGCCAAUUUGUGGAAGUCACCACUUGCACAUCUAUAUAGUUCUGUGUUAAACCAUUUUUGAACAAUUUAACAAUUAAGGCGCGUCCCCAAGCGCCAGUCUGCCUCUGUUCGAGAAUGCUUUAACCCCUUAUGGUAAGCUACUCCCAAGGACCUUCUGGCACCAUAACAAUUUAUUUUUGACAAAGUUUUAAUGGUGCUUAAACUGUCCCAUUAAAUGGUUUUUGAAGAGUUGAACACAUUCGUCUGAAAGGUACGAUGGCACAAGGGAAAUCCAGGCACUAUGACAACUACAUUUGAGAUCAACUUGUUGAUGUGCCUGGAGGAUUCCUUUAACCUUACCAAAGUAUGUGAUCAUGACAUUUUGCACAGUUUUGCCAACUGCAUUACUUUUUGGCUUUUGUUGUGUCAUCUAUUUAUUUAUGUUUUGAUGUAUUUGUAAAUCCUAAAAAAAAUUUAAUUUUGUUUUCUUUUACAGCACCAGGAAAAGUUGCAGACAAGGUCAUAAUAGAAAACACUAGAGACUCAACGUUUGUAUUUAUGGAGGGGUCAGAAGAUGCCUAUGUUGGUUACAUGACAAUUAGGGUAAGCUACAUCAUCUAACCAUAAGCACUUUGAAUAGCGUAAUGUCCUCUAAAAAUUGAAUUUUUUUUAUAUUCAUGUAUAUGAAUACUGUUAUAAUCAAAAAAUAUUCAACCUAUUUACAAAUGACUGUUGUCCAAAUUUCAGCUGCUUGCAAUGAACAAUUUUAACAAAAGCAUUUGAAAUAGCUCAACACAAUGAAUGCUUCAAGUGAUUUCCCCUAAUGUAACUUAUGACUUGAAAGUCCAGUUUCAAAAUAAUUGAACAACUUCAUGGCAAGCAUCUUUAGUACUCAGUAAAGCACCCUUUUGCAGUCAUGACCUGCUGCAAAUGAGUUGCAUAGCCAGACACAAACUUUUGACAACGUUCCUGAGGAAUCUAACCCACUGCUCACAAGCAAUGGCCUCCAGUAGUAUUCUUGGGUUUGCUUCUUUAAAUCCCACCAGAGAUUUUCUAUGGGGUUGACGUCAAUUGACUGUGAUGGCCACAGUAGAAUAUUCCAGGUCUACUUCUGCAACCAGAUGAAUGGAUUUACAGUUUGCUUUUGAGAUAUGCUUGGGAUCAUUGUCUUGUUGGAAGUGCAAUGUGAAGCUUCAGCUUCCUCACAGAUGGCAUGGCGUUUUCUCCUAGGAUUUCCUGAAACUUCAAUAAAUCCAUCUUGCCUUCCACACAUGCAUACAGUGCCAGAGGAUGCAAUAGAACCCCCUGAGCAUCACUGAGCCACCGCUAUGCUUAUCUGUAGGCAGAGUGUUCUUUUCAGCGUAUUCUUAAUUCUUCUUCCUCCAGACGUACCGCUGAUCCAUUGGGCCGAAAAGUUCUAUUUGUUUCAUUGCUCCACAGAACAGAACCCCAAAACUCCUGUGGCUUAUUUAUGUGAUUUUGAGCAUAUUGAAGCCGACUUUGUGUGCUUUUGGGUCAGUAAUGAUGUACAUCUUGGAGUUCUGGCGUGGCAAACUUUUGCGUUUACUUCAUUCCUUACUGUGUUCAUUGAAACCUCCGUGCCUGUUGCCACCAGGUCUUUUGUAAUCAUUCAUUGCAUUGAACUAUUUCAGUUGAUUUUGUUUAAUUUGUGUAUUGCCAACAGCUAAAAGUAUGUAAAUGUUGACAGUAAAUCUUAUUUUACUGUUAAAUCUGAUUUUCAGUGGGAGUUUAAUAAUUGUAAAUGCAACUGUAUAUGUAUAUAACUGUAUGUGUUUCUCUCUAUCAAAUGUUGCAUAUACCAAGGUGAUGUGCUAUCCCCAAUACUGUUCUGCAUAGGCUUCAACCCACUCAGUUAGAUCAUCAAGAGAGUGGAGAUCAUCCACAGAUCAUCCACCUGCUCUACAUGGACGUCAUCAAGCUGUAUGCCAAGAAUGAAAGGGACAUUGACUCACUGACACACUGAGCUAGGAUAUAAAGCAAGGACAUCAGAAUGUCAUUCAGGCUAGAUUAGUGUGGGCAUAUGAUAGCAAAAAGAGGGAAAAUCGGGUCAGAAGGAAUUCAAGUACCAGAAGACCAAAUAGGCGAUGUAGAGAACCGCUACAAGUACCUUGGUGUACCACAAACAUAUGACAAGCAUGAGGAAGAGACAAGGAUGAUAGCAACAUCCAAGUACCUCCAGAGAGUCAGACAUGUCCUGAAGUCCCAGCAUAAUGGCAAGAACAAGAUCCAAGGCUUUAACACACAUGCCCUCCUGGUCAUCAGGUAACCAGCUGAAAUAAUAACCUGGCCAAAGAGAAGAACUGGUCACCAUGGAUGUCAAGACCCAGAAACUACUCACUGUGAAUAGAUGAUUUGACCCAAAAUCCAGCACCCAGAGCCUGUACACCAACCAGAAGGAAGACGGUUGGGCCCUUAUGAGUGUCAAGGCCACAGUCCUGGAUUAAACACAUGGCAUCCACAAGUACACCCCAAAGAUGGCUUCCAAAGAUAAACUGCUAAGGGAAUGCCUCAGACUUCAACAGAUAGAGGAUGCAGAAAAGGAGGUGGUUUCAUGUACCACCGGCAGAUAGUGGAUGUGGCUCGCAUUAUUUUUUUAUUAUUUAUAUGGUGCCAGCAAAUUCCGUAGAAUUGUACAAUGGGUGGACUAACAGACACGUAAUUGUAACCAGACAAAUGGACGCACAGAAACGGGUUGAGGGCACUGAGCCUACAUGCUAGUGGGAGUAGGGAUGAUAAAACCCUACCAGUGGUUGGAAAAGGCAGGACUGAAACACAGCACUGAGACAUUAAUUCUAGUAGCACAGGAAUGGGCACCAGAUCAAUAGAAGCAGUGGUUUACCACACCAGACAAGACCCAAGGUACAGACUGUGCAAAGAGGCUUCUGAGACAAUCCAGCAGAUAGUGAGCGGUUGCAAGAUGUUAGCGCGAACAGAAUACACUGCGAGAAACUACCAAGUUGCUUAGAUUGUGUUCUGAAAUAUCUUCUCAGAAUAUGGGGUAUACCUGCUUAUGUCCAGACGGGAGAUACCACAAACGGUAGUUAAGAAUGACAGAGCUAAAACUUGCUAAACUGUGAUAGGAGCACUCAGGGCUGUAACUCCCAAGUUGGGGGAGUGGCUUCAAUAGAUUUCAGGUGGGACAUCUGAGAUCACGGUCCAGAAGAAACGGUCUAGAAACUAAGAUACAGCACAGAACCCUCAGACUCACAGGCCUCUGGUAGAAAAUGAGGAAUAAAAUAUCGAGAGGGAUGGAGGGAUAGAACAAAAUAAAUAUAUAUAAUUUAUUUGUUUGUCCACCACAGUAAAUUUGGCACUUUUCAUAAAGCUAUUUUGUCUGUUGCUUGUGCAACACAGCAGUAUAUCAACUGUCUGCUUUACAAUGAUACUAUCUAAAUGACAUUGUACAUUUUUUUUCUUUUUUUCCAUUAAACUUUGUAAAUCUUCCAAAUUUCCCACUAAACUAGUCCAGACCAAAAUAGUGUGUUAUAAUAUAUGUAUUAAAAUAUAUUUAUAUAAUAAAUAGGUACUGUUAGUAGUUGGCUUGUCCAUUUAAGUUUGUCUCCUUCACCACUCUAAAUUAUCUUAAACAUAUUGCAGAAACCUUAAGUCUGUUUGCUUCAUAUUUUUAGAGUUUGUUUUUCUUUCAGUUUAACCCUGAUGAUAAAUCAGCCCAGCACCAUAACGCUCAUCACUGCUUAGAAAUAACAGUGAACUGCAGUCCUGUCAUUGACCACUGUAUCAUUCGUAGUACCUGCACAGGUAUGUGGUUUUACAUUUCUCUUUACAUUUUAACUUAUUUGUGGUUUAAGUUUGUGUAAUACCAUUUAAAUUGGUAAAAAUAAGUUAACACACUGCAAUAUGCAGCCGUUAUAAUUCAGAAUUUAAUAACGAAUGGGCACUUACUGUAUUUGCACAAAGCCGAUUCCAAGAAUGCUUACUGACUCUCUUCUCUUCCAGUUGGUUCUGCUGUUUGUGUCAGUGGCCAAGGAGCCUGUCCAACCAUCAAACACUGUAACAUCAGUGACUGUGAAAACGUAGGGCUAUAUAUUACAGAUCAUGCGCAGGUAUUGCCAUAAUACUAUCUAUUUAGUUUACUUGCCUUUUUAAUAAUAAUAAUAAAAAAAUGUCAUUCAUGUUUUUGUUUUUUAAUUAUCAGGGGAUAUACGAAGACAACGAAAUCUCCAACAAUGCGCUUGCUGGUAUUUGGGUUAAAAAUCAUGGCAACCCUAUAAUUAGAAGGAAUCACAUACAUCAUGGACGAGAUGUUGGUGUAUUCACAUUUGACCACGGCAUGGUGAAUAGUUUCUGCCUGUAUUAUCUCCCCCCCCACCCCCCUCCCUUUCCCAUUUUGUUUAUAUAUUACAUGGAAGUACUAAUCCAUCUGUUGUGUGCUCUUUUUUUUUUUUUUAAACAAAUAAAAUAUUAUUUUUACUCCUGUCCCUCUAAGCCUGGGCUUUGUUAAAAUGUAAAAAAGAAUAAUAUAUAUAUAUUUAAUUUUUAUAUAUAAGAUUGACUGGGACUCUCGUGAGCGUUUUAAAAUUAUUUCUGUUUGCAGGGUUAUUUUGAAAGCUGCAACAUACAUAGAAAUAGAAUAGCAGGCUUUGAAGUGAAAGCCUAUGCCAAUCCCACAGUGGUAAGAUGCGAAAUUCACCACGGACAGACGGGAGGCAUCUAUGUCCAUGAAAAAGGAAGAGGCCAGUUCUUGGAGAACAAAAUCUAUGCAAACAAUUUUGCAGGUGUUUGGAUUACCUCAAAUAGUGACCCGACCAUACGGUAAAUAUAAUAUGAUUUCUGUAUUCCAUCACAAUGCAGUAUCAGUGCCCAGGUAUUUGUAGCAAAAUAAUAUUUAGAGAUGAGCUUGAUCCUGUAGAGCACUUCCUAAAUUAUUGCCCUUUGUAACAAAUAACAUAAAAGUGCAGUUCCAAUUGCAUCAACUAAUUCUGCAUCGUGUGUUUGAACAUAUUUGUUUUGUAAAAGUUUGACAUGAUGCAGUAACUGUGGUGUUCAUUUUCAAAAGAUGUGAAAGGUUGAGUGAUGGCACUUUGCCUGCAUGGUUUAUGUAUUCAUGCCCCUAACUGUAUGCAAUAGGGUGUAUUUUUAACGCCUUUCCUGCAUGUCGUGCUAAUCUGUUAUGUUUAUCAUUGCUGCUGUGUGUUCGUCAAAUAGAUAUUUUUAUUCCCUAGCACGUAUUCCGUUAAAACAAACAUGCAUUAUUCUUGAACGCUGCAAUCUUUAUCUGUUCCUCUUUCUCUAUCUAACAAUGUGCUAUAUGUGCCUUGCAGUCAGGCAAGGCUUGUGUAUGGCCGUUAGCCACGGAAGAGGAAGUGCUGUAUAUUUCCCUUUUCUUUUAUAAUCAGCAUUGCCUUUUUGCUAACCACAGGCGGCACAAUCAUUCUGAUCUGUAGAGCUUAUUGCUGGCUUGCAGCAGCCAGCUAGUCUAAGAAUUUCCUUUUACUCAUCCGUUUUCUACAGCAGUCACUACAAGCAGUACUGUUGGUACUGCAUGGGGUAAAGCCAGUGGCUGGAAAGACUGAUGGCUAAUAAAUGAUUCAGAGCCCAUCCUGCAGCAGCUAAUGGCCAGCUCUCUGUUUUUAUCUUCCGUCUUAGACAGACUUCUUUAAAAUCUGUUCCCAGAAGUAAAGUCCUCCCGAAUGACUUGACAAAAGCAGAGAAAAAAUGCAUUUGUUUUAGAAGAUAUAAGGAGAAAAUAUUUCACAAAUGGCUACAUCGAAACUGAAGCUACUUAUUUACAACUUUGUCUGAAUUCAACUUGUAAAUAAUUGAAGCCUGCUUUGAAAGUAUUUACAAACAGCCAUUGUACAGGAGACUUCUGAAUAUCGAUAUAUCUUUAGCCAUCUGGCACAAGCAGGUCAUGGUUUUAUCCUGGACAUUUUAAUGUUUGUCGAGCUUAUUGCUUGAAAAUCCAGUCUUUCACCAUAUAGAAAAAAUAAAAAAAUGUGAACUUACAUGUGAGCAACAGUCCAUAAACACAGCUGAACCACGGAAUGCUAUGGUAGAUUAAUAGUAGAGAGAUCUCUGGUAGUUACUGGUUGUAGUCCUAUCUCAGUCGGAGUCCCUCAAGGUUCAGUUCUUGCUCCCCUUUUGUUCUCUCUCUAUACUGCCUCUCUUGGCAAACUUAUUAAUUCAUAUGGAUUCCACUACAACCUGUACGCCGACAACACCCAGAUAUUCCUCUCUUCCCCUGACCUCUCCCGUGCUGUUGUACAACGUGUCAACAAUUGCCUCUCUUCUAUCUCUGCUUGGAUGUCGUCCUACUUUCUGAAAAACUGAGUUUCUUAUUUUUCCUCCUCAUAACACUGAUCUUCCUCCUUCACUCUUCCUGCAGGUUGACUGUACCUGCCUCCCCCAUCCUUUCAAACUCGCUGUCUUGGUGUCAUUUUUGAUCCUGGCCUCACCUUUGCACCUCAUGUCCAGUCUGAUUCCAGCUUAAAAAAAUUGCCCGCAUAUGCCUCUUUCUUAAGCAAGAUGCUGCCAAGGAGGCUUGUUCACGCUCUAAUAAUCUCUUGCCUGGAUUACUGAAAUUCUCUCCUAAUUGGUCUCCCCAGAAGCUGUACUGCCCCCCUAAAAUCUUUGAUGAAUGCUGCUGCCAGGCUGAUCUUUCUCUCCUGUCGCUCCUCUCACACCUCAUCUCUUUGUUAAUCCUUACACUGGUUUCCUGUACCCUAUGGGAGUCAAUUUAAAACCCUUACCUAUAAAGCCCUAACCAACUCUAGCUCCUCUUACAUUUCUGCACCGAUUCAUAGGUAUGCCCCCUCUCGGUCUCGCCGCUCUACUGGUGACCUGUCCGUUGCUCGCACCCUUACUGCAAAUUCACGCUUGCAAGACUUCUCACAGGCUGCUUAUUUUCUUUGGAACAGCAGCCUGCCUACCCCUGUCAAUCUCCCUUAGUCUUCAAUCCUUUAAAAAGUCCAUCAAAACCCAUAUUUUCAUAAGAGUAAUGGCUAUCUCUUAAACCUUCCUCUUGCUUUCUCCUAUAGGGCCACACUCCACUCUCAACUCCAGUUCUGCUACUUUCCCUCCAUGUCGAUUUGCUUUCUCCCUCAAUACCUCUCCUAUUGUGUUUAUACCCACCUCCUCUAGAUUGGAAGCUUGUUUGAGCAGGGUCCUCCUUUACCUAUUGUUCCUGUUACUUUUUUUUUUUUUUUAUUGUCUCAUUAGGUAAAUUCCCCUCUUAUUGUAAAGCGCUGCGGAAUAAGCUGGUGCUAUAUAAAUAACCAAUAAUAAUAGUGUAGGGUCAUUGCCCAGGUAUUAGCGGCAAAAGUGGGAUAUUUACAGUCAGGUGAGAGAGACUUAAUUUGGUGGUUUGUAGAGCCCGUCUCAAAUUAUUUGCCAUUCGGUUGUUAUUGUUUUGUGUGACUGGUCAAGAUGAUAUUUCAUGUAACACUGAUAAUUAUUUUUAUCCAGUCUGUAUAUUGCAUUGUUUGCACACGUGGCGUUCUUUAGCAAAGGACUAUAGUGGUGGUAUCAUGAUAGUUCUAAGAAAUAUGUAUUGCAUCAUGUCACCACUAAGAAAUGAAUUUUGCGUGCGCAAAACUAUUUAUUUGCUAAUUUUGCAGCAGUUUUCUCAAUAAAGCCAGUAUGCGAGGAAAUUAAAAUGUUGCACAUAUGCUCCGGGUGUGGGAUUUUAUUUUUUUUGCAAUGCAUGUAGAGGUUAAAAGUUUUAAAUAUAUAUCUAGAAAAUGUAUGCAUGAAAUUCAGAAGUUAUGAGUAACUAGUCUCACAAUGGGGAAAAACACUCAUUUUUAUUUGUUUUUAUAGGUAUUUGCUGAACAAAAAUAACUAAAUGUGUUACCAUAAUAGUAAGCAUGUACUGAAAGUGUAUAAUGUAUGAAUGUAUUUGUUUAACUGCACAGUACAAAACAACUCACUGUUAAGGAUGAACCUCCCAUUUGUAGACCUUUGUUAAGAUGUCAGUAUUUCUUAUACCUUAUUUUGACUUUUUUUUUUUUUUUUUCCUCCUCCCCUGGUUACUUUUUAUUUUCUUUCUCUUCAAGCCAUCUUAUAUGUACCUAAUCAUUUUUUUCUUCUAAUUUUUCUUCAAGGGGAAAUGCAAUUUUUAAUGGAAAUCAAGGUGGAGUGUACAUAUUUGGUGAUGGAAGAGGCCUUAUAGAAGAAAAUGACAUUUAUGGUACUUUUUUUGUUUUGAUUUUGUUUGAUUUUAGUAAAAAAUAAAUGUUAAAACUUGUCUAUUUAUCUAUCUUUUUAACAUUUAACAGGUAAUGCUUUAGCAGGCAUACAAAUACGUACAAACAGCUGCCCUAUUGUGAGACACAAUAAAAUUCACGAUGGUCAGCAUGGUGGAAUCUAUGUGGUAAGUGUUUAACUGGGAUAAUUUAAAUGUUAUUUACUAUUACGUUUGCUAUGUUUUGAAAAGAACCCAGAGGGGUGACAUCGCCGCAUGAAGUGCAGUGUCUCUGGUGUGCACCACAGGCGAGUUAUACCUGAUGAUGUCCCACUGUGGAUGCCUUCAUUUUGGAUCUUCAGCUCCUCCACCAGAAACCCCAGAUCAGCACUGUACUCGCACAUCUGUAAGAGGAUAACACUGCUGUCUCUGGUGGAUUACUGCAUUAGCCUCCAAAUAUAUUUUGUAGCAACAAUAUUGUAUUAUGUCAACUUGGGAAAUUACCCCAAGACAAAGUCGUCCCUACUCUCUUAUAUCUUUUGACUGUGUUUGAAUUUCAAUGUAAUUCCAGCGCAACGUUUAUGAUCAGUUCAUCAAGAUUUUAUGUUUAAGAAAUGCUAUUUUUUUCUGGGGUGAUCAAGCUGCUUUUGACAUUGUUUAGUUUGCCAAAGUAUAUUACUAUGUAUAAAAUAUACAAGAUGACCACUAGUGUGUUAAAAUAUUUUGUGUGUGCUUUUCUUCCUUCUCAUGAAGCAUGAAAAGGGACAGGGUGUAAUUGAGGAAAAUGAAGUGUACAGUAAUACUUUGGCUGGUGUUUGGGUGACAACAGGGAGCACUCCAGUGUUACGGAGGAACCGAAUACACAGCGGGAAGCAAGUAGGUAGUGUAUACUGCACUGUUUUUGUGGGGAACCCCUGCCCAACAAUAUCUUAACAUGACUGAUGUUUCCUUGUUUGACAGGUUGGUGUUUACUUCUAUGACAAUGGCCAUGGAAUACUAGAAGAUAAUGACAUCUAUAACCAUAUGUAUUCUGGGGUUCAAAUACGGUAAGUAGUUUAUUUGAUUCAAAAUAUUUGAACUUAGCGGUUUACAAAACUGAAACUUACAGGGUUACCGCAAGCAUCAUAACCACUACAACCCGCUGUAAUGGAUAUGAUGUGAGGCAAGGCUCAAAAUUGUCACUAGCCGUUUGCAAGUGAAAAUGUAGCCCUGGUGUGUAGAUAUUCUCUUUUUGAAUGCCAUGGAUCCCUCAGACUUGCAGUGGCGAGUAACUUUUAUUUCCUGGCUAGUAGUUUAUUACCCUCUUACCUGGGUCUUGCCAGUUGCAGAGGUUUCUAUCAUACUGGGUUUCAUGCUUUGCUGCAAAAGCCAGAUGCUGAUCAUGUGCACUUCAUUGUCUGAGAGUGUCAGCUGAUUGCUCUGUUGAUGAAUGAUCAUCACAGAAUUGACAUUGGCCAGCCUGAAAAUCUUUCUGAGCUGGUGAAUGAUCCUGGGUUAAACUCUGUAUGUGCAGUCAGUUUUAGAGCAAAAAGUUGCACAUACACACUCCAAGUGUAUGUGUGUGUGUGUGUGUGUGUGUGUAUAUAUAUAUAUAUAUAUAUAUAUAUAUAUAUAUGUAUAUGUGUGUGUGUAUAUGUGUGUAUAUAUAUAUAUAUAUAUAUAUAUAUAUAUAUAUGUAUGUGUAUAUAUAUAUAUAUAUAUAUAUAUAUAUAUAUAUAUAUAUAUAUAUAUAUAAAAAUAAUAUUAAGGAAAUCUUUUCCUUUAUUUUACAUUUAUUUGUUUUUAUAGAACUGGAAGCAACCCCAAGAUUCGACGGAAUAAAAUCUGGGGAGGGCAGAAUGGUGGAAUACUUGUUUAUAAUUCUGGUAAGUUUUUUUUUAUUUUUUUUUUUAUUUUGCAACCCAUUCACUCUUUGAGUGUUUACUUGGAACCAUGUCUUUACAUCAACUUGGUUAACCUUAAUUUUACCAAUAUUUAAGGCCUUGGAUAUAUAGAAGACAAUGAAAUAUUUGACAAUGCAAUGGCAGGAGUAUGGAUCAAAACAGACAGCAACCCUACGCUACGAAGAAACAAAAUUCAUGAUGGGAGAGAUGGCGGAAUCUGUAUAUUUAAUGGUGGCAGAGGUAUAGUUUUGAUUGUACAGAAAAACCAUACCAGUGGGCAAAACCACCUUUGUAUAAUUAGAUCUUGACAAACUAUAAUUUUGGAACCUAUUCGAGCCAGCUGUGUUUGGUGGAUUUCGUUGGCCAAGUAUUAAGCUGAGUGUAUAUAAGACCUUCAUAUCACAUCUGAAACUCCAUAUGAUUGCGCAAGUUUUGUAGCUAGUAGCCAUGUAGCAUUUAUCAUGUGCCUGUUGUUGACAAAUUCACAGCUCGUUUGCACUAAAGAGUGAAUAAUCCUACAAGAAUGGAUUUGAACAUUUAAUUUCCAUCUACUCUAGUAUUAUGUUGUGUAAAUAACUCAUAGGGGGGGCAACGUGAAGUCUUAAUAAAAACAUGUAUUAAAACAUGCUUCAUCUUUCUUUUUUAAGGAGUGCUUGAAGAGAAUGACAUCUUCAGAAAUGCUCAAGCAGGUGUGCUCAUCAGCACGAACAGUCACCCGAUUUUGAGAAAAAACAGGAUAUUUGAUGGAUUUGCAGCAGGUUCGUAUUUAAUCAACAAGAAUAAGUGAAGUGUAAAAUUUUGAUUGAUUUUAGAACUAUUUAAAACUCAUUUUGUACAUAUUUUAGGUUUCAAUAUUUAUUAGGCACGUGUAUAAUGUUUAGUUUUACAAAUAAUUUCUUGUUAUCUUUAAGUAGAAAGAAAAGGUGUUUUAUAUACAAUUUUAGCAUUUCUACAAAUUCAAAUUAACAUAAAUAUGUUCAUGUUGACUGCUAAGUUUUUUUUUUUUUUGGAGUUGCCAUCCUAGUUUUGUGGGUCACCAUAACUUAACUGCCUUUGUCAGAAUAUUGUAUAGGUGUAAAGAUCACCAAUAUAAUAUAGAAUUUAUAUAUUUCAUGGCCCAGAAUCACUGGAGAUUUAGCUGAUGAAAUAGGAAAGGUUUUAUUAUUUUCCACUGCAUGUAACCUGUCUCCCUGCUUUCUUGAGCCUCCAUAUGUCGUACGUAAUAAAGUAUACAAAAACACUGCAGUCUCUGUCCUAGUACUUGCACUGAGCUGUGAUAAAGCCGAGAAUGUAUUACAUGCAGCGAGAAAAGUACACCCUAAUCCUGAGCUAGAGUUGGCAAUGUCCUCUUGCAUCACUACAAUCACACAUAUAUAUAUAAAAAAAAAAAUACUUGUGAAGGCUUAGAUUCCUCUUAAUUAAUGACAAGUGAAAAAUAUGAGCCAUACAUUACUUUGUAAGCUCUAUUACUUUGAUGCUCUUGUUAACUUUUAACUGAUUUAAUUUGCCUUACUGUAUUUUGCUGAUCAUUUUUGUAAAAAGAAUGGUACUUCGCACUUGACAAGUGACUUGUGCAACCUGUUAAAAGGAUUGCCUGCACAAACCUAAAUGACCCGUUAUUUUAUUGCAUUACAUAAUGCAUUAAGAAAUUACAAAACAGUUAAAUAAACAAAUAUAAUUCUUUUUAAAGUGUCCUCUUGGUGCACAGCUUAGUGGUUCUGUCUAACUGACCCUUUCCACACCAUUUAGAGAUAUUCAAUCCGCAUCCUGUAAAUCAAGCUGGUGUAAGGUAGCUUGGAAGAAAGUGUCCCCGCUAUAUGGGUCUAAUUAUAGCGGCAGCAAUGUUUACAUAUUGCUGCCACUAUUCACUUUCAGAAACAAGUGGAGUAAGGGACACUGUAAAACCUUAUAAAUAAUAAACCUUUUAGUCUGUUUUUCAUAAAAUAUCUAUUCCACCUUUGUCUGCCUUAGUAGCUCUGAUCUAAACCGUUACAUUUUGGACCACUUUGCUUUCUGUAUACCUUUUGGCCUCAGAAAAUUAAAGUAAAUGGGCAUAUUGUGUAUGCCUUUAAAAUGUAUUACCCUAAUUUAUUUUUGAGUAUGAAUUAAAUGAUAAUGGUUGUGUAUAAUUUUUAAUGCAAUGGAUUUAUAAAGAAAUAUGUUGAUUACCGGGCAGGACACUAUCUCUGAAAGAAUUUACUAGAGCUGUAUUGCUGAUUGAUAGUUCUGCAUGUUUAAAACCUUUCUUUUUAUGAUUUUAUUUCACAGCCUGAGGGGCAUGUUACAGUGGACCAUAAUCAUUGUCACAAUGAUUCUGUGGAAGUGAUCAUGUUUGGUAAACUGGUUUUAAAAACAUGCCUCUGCUGAGAAACUUUUUCUUAUUAUGUAGCAAAACUAUCAGACUGUUUGAGACUGGAAUUUGUUGAAUAUAUUUUGUGUGUAAAUAGCACAGUUUAUCUUUGAAUAUGACAUUGUAAGGUUUAUUGCUUUUAGUGUAAUGGUAGUAACUGUAUUGCUCUCAUCAUACCAAGCUAGAUGAUGUAUAAAAAAAAAAAAUACCAGGAAAGGUUAAAGGUUCUUAACAUGUAUAGCUUGGUGGAAAGACGAGACGGGGGGUAUGAUAGAAACAUUUAAAUACAUAAAAGGAAUCAACACAGUAAAGGAUGAGACUAUAUUUAAAAGAAGAAAAACUACAACAAGAGGACAUAGCCUUAAAUUAGAGGGGCAAAGGUUUCAAAAUAAUUUCAGGAAGUAUUACUUUACUGAGAGGGUAGUGGAUGCAUGGAAUAGCCUUCCAGCUGAAUUGGUAGAGGUUAACACAGUGAGAGAGUUUAAGCAUGCGUGGGAUAGGCAUAAGGCUAUCCUAACUAUAAGAUAAGGCCAGGGACUAAUGAAAGUAUUUAGAAAUAUUGGGCACACUAAAUGUGCCGAAUGGUUCUUAUCUGCCGUCACAUUCUGUUUAUUUUUUCAAACGAUCGCAGAUGUCCAAAUGGUGGGGUUAUGUUACAAAGGCAAAUUUCUUAGUGUAGCCCAUCAUCGGGGACGUCCAUGGAGAUUAAUAUUUUUUUUUAAAUCUGUGAAAAUGCUAAUUCUGUCCUUAAACCACCAUUAUAGGCACCCAAACAACUUCAGCUCAGUAUAGUGGUCUGGGUGCCAGGUCCCCCUAGUUUUUACCCUGCAGCUGUAAACAUAGUUUCAUCGGCAGGGGCAAGAGAGGUCACCAGCGCCGAGGGAGCCUGGGUUUUAACCCCUUCAGCCCAGCGGGCGUGGGGGGACCUAAUAAAUUUUAAAAGCAAAAUGCAGAAGCUAGAAAUUCCUUUGCUCCAGUUGGGGUCUUAUGCAUUUUCACAGCUCAUUAUUAGGAAGAUGUGCACAAACAUGUAAUACUAAACAGCAUGUUACUAGACAUACCAUUGUUGCAUUGUAAUGUUCUGUUUUGUCCUCCAUCUGUCAAUAAAGGUAUUGAAAUUACAAAUCACGCUACUGCAACCCUGGAAGGCAAUCAGAUCUUCAACAACCGCUUUGGAGGAUUAUUUCUAGCAUCUGGUGUCAAUGUUACUAUGAAAGGUAUUUAUUAAUUCUAAAUUCCCUUGGCUGAAUUGGCCAGUAUAAUUAUGCAUAGUGGCUGCUUAUAAAAGCCUAUCUUUCUUAAAUAGUCUGUAUACAGCAAAUAUUGUAUUAAUUGCAUGUGGAAAUUAGCAGAUGGUGGAUUUUGUGUGAGUAACAAACUGCACAUACUGGAAGAAAAAGAUAAAUUGGCUUUCAGUGUUUCCUCCCAGAAUGUGGGAGCAAAAGUUCUAGCGACAUCGACACACAUCUUAAGCUACUUUCACAUAUACCCAAUUAACCCUAUUUUCAAUUACAUAAUACAUCUCAAACUAUCAGUACACACCCCAAAAUAUCCAGACACUCAUCAUUUAAGUUGUAUUUAUUCUCCCUCGUCUCCGGCUGCUCCACUGAUUUGGCAUGGAGAGGUGAUCGAGAGAUGCCAUACUCUGCACCCGUUGGCUAGCAGAGAACAUGCCAUAGCAGCAGAUAUUUUCUGCUUCCCUUGCUGUCCCACACAGUAUCUUGAUACAGAUUUGGGAGUAUAGUGAUAUUUAUCCCACUCAUUGCUUGCUCCAUUUCAGACUUCAGGAGCCAUCCGGGGUGAUCAAAUAUUCUCCCCCAACCAAUACGGACGUACAUUCUUUGGUUAGGUUCCACUGGAUCUGGCAUUGAAAUUUCUAAGCCUUGUGUUAUCUUAAAGGUUCAUUAAAACCUUCAGAUCAUUCCAAUAAAAUGACAGCUAUGGAAAAAUAAAGCCUGUGUAAUGGAAGUGCAGUCUAUAGUGCCAAACUGUAUUGUAACUCAGGACCCAGGCAUUGCUAUGGGGCUGAAAGUUAUUAAAAUUCAAUUUUGCACCUGGUGUUGGAAAUGCCUAAACACUUGAUGCAAAUUUUCCAGUGCUUACAAUCUGUUGAACAAUUACUUUUAUCUUGGGAAACACUUUAAGCAAAAUUAAAAUACCUGUUUCACUAAGUUUGCCUUGAGCACUGUAACUUCUGACUCAAUGCUCAGAAUCCAUCUAACACUAUUGAAGGGGAUUUGGAAUCCCAACUUCCAAUGCAGGUUUCCAUGAUAUUAGAGCAAAUUGUCUUUUGACUUGCUCAAGCUUAUUUAAAUUUCUAAGCACCACAAUGGAAAAUGGUGGCAGAUGACCUAGCAUUUCCCCACAGAAAUUCUUCAGUAGAACACACUGACAUGUCCAGCUUGUCUAAGAUGCAUGGAUAUUUGAAAAAGAAAAAACAAAACCUAUGGUAGCUCUUGGAAACCAGAUAGCUUGUUUUUAUAUGUAACUUUAUAAAAAGAUCGCCUUGCAGAUCACAAGUGACAUUUCUGCAUGAGUCUUCUCAUGGACCUGUUCCAGGUAUAAUACAUUUUAGAAAUUUUUGUGUCAGACAAACUGCUGCAGGAGAAGCCACUUAUUAUACAGAGACCUGUGCAAAAAAACAUUUGUAAGUAGAUUUAAAUAAAUACAAUAGAGUAAAUGCUGCAUUUGCUUCAGUAGCAGUCUCUAUGGAAAUUAGAUUAUGCUUAUCUUCAGGAAACAAGCUAUCACGGGGCCUACAAUUUUAGGUCCUACCUAGCCAGGUCUUAGGUUAUACUGGCUUUUGUGAUGUGAAAAAUGACUGCUCAUAGAGAUUGGGAUCUAGGUAAUGGCCUUCAAUACAGCUCAAAAUGUAAAAAAAACAAAAAAAACAUUUUGCAGUAUUAGAUGCAAGCUUUUCAUCUUGUUAUAUGUGAUUAAUGGUUUAUAUCUUUUGCAGAUAAUAAAAUAAUGAACAAUCAAGAUGCCAUAGAAAAAGCAGUCAAUAGAGGCCAAUGCCUAUAUAAGAUAUCAAGUUAUACCAGUUAUCCAAUGCAUGACUUCUACAGGUAAAUAUAAUUUAGACCAUCACUACAAACAAAUCUGUGUCUAGAUUGUCAUGUAGACCAUCUUCUUUAACUCGUUCACGCUUUUCAAAUCUUUACCAAAAAAGAUGAAAUAUUAAGCACAAAGCACAGUAACUGUUCUGUAUUUUACAGACUGGGUUUUGUUGAGUGAAACCUGUACCAAAGCUAGAUAUUAGAAUCUUAAAACCAUGCUGUCCAGUCUAUUAAAAUAAGACUGUCACUAGAGAGAUCCGUGCACAUCUAAACGGCCAACUGUAAAAAAAAAUUUUUGUGUGUGUGAUUAAACGCACUACAUUUUUUUAUUUUAGUGGCCAAUUGCCUUGCACUUUUUACGACACCAAUGAUUGCUUCAAAUAACAUGAACAGCAUUUCUGCAUGCCUGAGUAUGCCAAGGGCAUCGUGUGGCUGCAACACACUAGAGGAGGAGUAUACUGGGAUGAGGGAAUAAGAAAGUGACAAACAACUAGGGUGACACUUUACAAUCACAUUGAAUCUUUCCCUUACGUAAAUAUAGAAUCUUCAGAUCACAACACACACACACACACACACACACACACACACACACACACACACACUCUCAGUAAAGAGCUUCAAGAAACAGCUAUGCUUACUGAAUGUGUUUUAUAUAAAAACCUUAACAUGUUGCUGAAUAGUUGAUAUUCAAAGCUUUUAAUUAAAAUUUUAUAUAUAGCUUUUAUACUUUUUUGCAAGUGUUACUUUAGUGGGAAGCUAUAUACAGCCUAUGCAUAUGUUUUCAAAACCCUUAGCCUAAUGUUAAACAGGAUUAUAUUUGUGUAGUAUCUAUAUGCAAUACGGCUAGAAUAUAUUAAGGCAGUUUCUCAUUACUGUUCCUCAUGUCAUAUCUGGUGGUGAACAAGCAGUUGUACCCUUUCAGUUUAGGACAUACAUACAUACAUACAUACACACACACCCCCAUUUGCCACUGCUGCUACUUAUUCAGCUGCCGAUUUCUGUUAAUUCCGAGAGCAUGCGCUGAGAAGUGCUUUGAGUCUCACUGGGAGAAAGGCGCUAUAUAUAAAUACUAGAUAUUAUUAGACUUGUGCAAAUAUGUUUAAGCUGGCACAAACAAAUACAUACUUUUGAAUCUACGCCUGAACUCAUUUAUCCAGCUAGGGUUUACCUGUGUGAGUAUUAUUCGUUAAAUACAACUUCAUUAGUAACUAUCUUAUGGAUCGAUUAGCUCAGGUGUAGAUUAAAAUGCCAGCUAAAAAGCAUUCAUGCACAAGUUCACUGUUGUAACAGGAUUUUAGCAAGCUGCCACCAGGGGAAAAAGUGUUAUGGGCAAAUGCAAGUGUUAGGGACCUCUACAACUUUACUGGUCAAAAGCAAUGUUAUUACAAACCUGGAAAGAACCCCUUUACUUUAAAAUACAAGUGGGUGUUUUUUUUGAGGGGGUAGGGGAUACAUAUGACAGCAGAAUUAAACUUGGUUUGUACACUGGCUGGUAGGUCCACUUCAGAAAUGUGGAUUUUUAUUUAUGUACAUUUCCUUUACUUAAGUAAAAAGGAUAAAGUAUAAAAUAAUUGUAUUUGGUAAAUUAUGAUUCAAAUGCAUUAAUUUUGUGUUUCUAGAUGUCACACCUGCAAUACCACAGACCGUAACGCCAUAUGUGUGAACUGCAUUAAAAAGUGUCACCAAGGACAUGACGUAGAAUUUAUUAGACAUGAUAGGUAUGUGUUUGAAUUGAAGGCAUAAGACUACAGAUUUAGAAUGUGUUCUGUAAAGCAUGUGCCUAAUUAUUUUCUCUCAUCCUCUAAGGUUUUUCUGUGACUGUGGUGCUGGAACAUUGUCUAAUCCUUGUACAUUAGCUGGAGAACCCACACAUGACACAGACACUCUAUAUGACUCUGCUCCACCUAUAGAAUCUAAUACUUUGCAACACAACUGAACUCGUUCUUGAAGGGGGGAGUCCUGCCAUCAUAAACCUCUUCUUUUGUGGAAAAAAAACAAAAACAAAAAAAAAUUGCCCAUUUCUGGAAGACUGAGAUGUUUAUAUGAGCAAACUUAAACCUGCCAAAUAAAUAUAUAAAGGAAGUAGAGAUGGAAGAGGCAAUAUAUUGACUCAGGAUUAAAAGGAAGAACUGGGCAUUUUUAGCAUUACUCUGGACUCAAGACUUUAAGGACUUACGUGAAGAAAAUAAGCUGCAGAUUUGUACUGACACCACAGUAAGCUGGUGUUUCCACAAGUAGUGUUGUAAGGCAGUCCGAUUUGCAGUAGUACUAUUCUGUAGACAGGCAGCAGGGGUCAUUGCUGUUGCCCUUAUGGGCAUGGGUACCAAUUGCUUUUUGUAACAUGGUAAAUGUGAGCUAGCACUUCUGCAUUUUUUUUUUUUUUUUUAAACAUGUAUUCAGAUUGAGAUAUUUUAAUGCUUUAAUCUCAUGUAGGUUUUUUUUUUUUAAUUUUAAUUUCAAGCAAACUUAUUGUACUUGAACGUGUCCUGUUUUGUUAGUACACCAUAGAAUUGCUGUAAACUGUACUCAUGUCCCAGUAUCUAUGUUCUUUCUAUGAAAGAGAAAAAACACUAAUCUUAAUCCAGCAAUUUUUCUGGUAUCCUUUUGGAGAGUUAGAAUGUUGUCUCCUUUCCACUUGUAACCCCCUUCAACAGUCCUUGUAUACAAGAACAUGGGAUGUCAGGCCCUCCAGCUGUAAUUUCCUUUGGCUUCUGGGUAGUUCUACUCCAACAGAUGGAGGGGGUCAGAUUUGGACUCCCAGGUCAUUGACCAUUGUCCAUAGGAGACAUUGUAGAGAUGCACUGAUGCUGCGUGUGGAUACUUCCAUCACUCCCCUUGGGAUCUGGCGGGUGUUAACUUUGGUUAAAAGUUUACUGUAAAGUUUCUGAAAUCCUAUGUUACUGUUCAUUUUUAUUUGAACAGCCUGGAACUUGUACACUUGCUGGAAAUUUAGAACAAUUUCCUGCUCUUAUGAAGCUGAGACAAACCUAUAUACAGCUCUACACAGUUUCAUAGCUUUUGUGUUUUUAUUUUUUCUUUUCCAUUUAUAUGUAUUGGUGACAGUGGAUAAUCAACAGCCUGAAAGUGUAUGCAUGUACCAUAACAUCUAGACUUAAUAUAUUGUGGAGUAUUCAAUAACCAUUAUGUAGAGGGUAGGUAUGAAUUAAAAGGGGUUUUAAUUUCCUAGGAAAGAAAAAAAAAAAUGGAAAUAUGGUCAUUUUUAAAAAAUAAAGUUUAUUAGAUCAUACCGUGUGAAAACCAGCCUUGUGAAUAAACACCAAAAACAGUUGUGUUUUUUUUUUUUUUCCAUAUUAUGUUCUCUCCAGCAGUUUAUGUAAAGCCGGGCCAUUGAAAGGUUUUUCCAGUAGAAGGUAGAGUUCUCUGAUGGGUUAAAUAAAGACACAAUUACCAAAAAGUCUAUACAUUUUAAUUUGGACUGGCAAAAUAUUUCUCUAAUUGAAGCAGUUAUUCGGAGGCCCCUAGACUCAACCUUCUGUUCAAUGCUAAACGAGAGUUAAUAUAAUAGCAGCCCCAUUAAUGAGGAAAUGUUACCAUGAGCAGAAGCUCAUCCUACCUCCAGUGGGCUGUAAGUGACAAAGGACCCACACUCCUUAUUAAAACUAUUCAGAACUAAAGGGAGUCAGCAGCAGGUAACACCAGAUCUUAAUAGGCAGUGGAUGGCUAACCUUGACACCAUAAAUU